AUGCAGAUCUACAUGUAUAACUCGGAUGACUUUGACAGCCUCAGUGCUGCCAUACGGCAGAAGAGGAUCAUUGCAGCGAUGUCGGUCUUCUUUCAGGUGAGAACAUCUCUCUCAUCUUUUAGGCUUUUCAAACAUAGGGUUUGACAUGACCCUGUAGCACUGUUGGAUUCUAGCUUUAAAUAUAUACUUAUUCAUGUUACUAUAAUAUAACUACUUUACAUGUGUAAUGUUAUUGUUAAAUCUCAUGGAUCCUAUGGAGAGGGCCAAAGGGUAACAGUCUGGUUUCAGUCACUGAUAAGGUUGGAUAGCCGUGGAUUAGGGAGGAGUGAGGAAUGUGGGCCGAGGUCAGGUCAGAUGAAGUGACAAGGAACAGUUCUAUUACACGCACACCACCUAAGUUCCUGCCUAGCAACAGAGAUGUAUUGGCUGUCUAGAUGUGCAAGGAGGAGACUCCGCCUAGUAGGAGGCUAUAAAUAUAUGUGCUUGUGUAAACAUGUCUUUGUCUUUGCAGCUGUUUGACUCAGUGGAUGAAUAAACUUGGUUUGAGCUUUGACUAGUUGUCUGUUAGUUUUUCACUCUGUUUGUCAGACCCUAACAGCACUCUAUACGGGGCAUGGAACAACACACUGACUCAGUCUAAAUCAAUGCACAAUACCAGAAUUGAAACACGACAUUACUGCUUUACCAUCACCGCUGAGAAAGAAAAACAUCAACAAGCUUGGAAAAUGUGUGUUCCUUUUGUUGUCUAAGUGUGUGCAGUGAGCACUGUGUUUGUCUGGGACUGUGACUGUAUCGAGCUGUAUUGUCUUAAGUGGAGAUAUAAGAAUUGGCUGGCCUGAGUGUGCUGCCGGGUGGGUCUGUUGAGCUAGCAGUGGGCAGGGUCAUGGUCAACUCCAUCACCCUGAAUUGCCAUGAUUAAAAGUUCAUUUGAUGCCAUCGAUUGCGUAAGUGGGCUUUUACUUGGUCCAUUACCUCUCCUUUAAUACUCCCUUACACACACACACCGAGAGACAUACACACUCGCCCACGUUUGCAUAGUCCUCCAGUCCUCUUGGGUCCAGAUUGGCCAUUCUUUACGUUCACUGAAUUACAAUGAUUCUGUCUUCUGCUCUCCCCCUCUCCCUUGCUCUCUCUUGCUCUCCGUCUCUCUCUCUCAACCUCUCCCUUUGUCUCUCUCGCUUCUCUCCUGUCUCUCUCCUCUCUCUUACUCCCGCUCUUCUCUCUCUGUUUCUCCAUCCUCUCCCCCCCCCCCCCCCCCCCCCCCCCCCCCCUCAGAGGUUGAAGUGAAGCUGUGACCUCAAUAACUAGGCAGAUGCAUACUGUAUGUAUGGGUCUCCAGAGAUUCCAUCUAUGCGUUUGUUCUAAUGCAAAUAUGAGUAUGUGUGGGUGUACUUUUUAUAAUGGCAUUUUUCAAUCUUAGAUCUCCUCUAACUCAAACACUUUCUCCUCUCUCAAGCAGUAACCUGCACGUGUGUGCGUGGGGGGGGGGGCAAUGUAGAAUGCAGAGCACAGAGAAAUGGACAGACUUAUUUUCACACAAACACACACAAUGAGCCUCCAAACUGAUUGUCAGAGAGCCAGUAUCUGGCAGGCCUGGAGAGUGGAUGUAUCCCUCGGUGUGGUUAUCGUGAUGAGGUAUCCUGUUCAAAAGUGAGGCUUCCCUCUAUGGUGAUAACCUUAAAGCUCCUCUCCUCUGUCUACCAAGUUACACAACCCCACCAGGCUGCGUAUCCACACAACACCAGGAAAGACUACUAGCUAAUAGCAACCUCACUGCUUACAGAGAACAAAUCAAUACACACAAUAACUACUAGUACUGGGCGAUAUGGACAAAAAUCCAUAUCGCGAUAAAUUGACCCAUUUUGUUGUGAUAAAUUAUUUUGGGGGGAGGUGCACAGUUACACUCCAUUAGCGCCAUUUUUACACCAUGUCAAAGAAAUUGCCAUAAUAUAUUAGCCUAAGUUUGGUUACCAGGUGACCCAGCAUAUGAUUUAUAAGAUGAUAUUAUGCUGCUACAGAAAGAGAUGUAUUUUUAACAUUCAUUUCGUUAUGAAUUUAUUUUUGAUUUUAAAUGUAAUAAUAUUUCAUACCAAGUUCAACUCCAUUAGUAUAUUGGUGUUUGGUGAUUGCAGCAUGAUAUUGAACGAGGCUACUCGCAACAUCACUUGGAAGAACUGCCAACAACAGGUGUAGGAAGCAUGGGAUAGAACACAGCUCUCAUUGGCUGCUGUAGUUUUGGUUCAAAUGAAACGGCAUAGAUGGAAGUGUUGAGCUCCAGGAGCGUAAUGUUUUUUUCUAUGCUGUUUUGCUUUCUUAUAUGCCACGCAGCUCCGUAGGCUGCUGUUUAAUGCACGAACAUUGUGUAAUCACCAAAAAUUACCGACAUAUGCAAAAUUGUUUUCGGUAUGAGUUAGAAAGUUGUCGGUCAUUUUCGGUUUAUCGUCCCAGCUCUAAUAACUAAAGCCAUUUAUCAAUCAAGUGACCCCCUUCAAGGAGUGUUCGUGUGUGUGUGGACAUCUCUGCCUGUGUAUGUGUGUGUAUACAUCUCUGUCAGAGAGUGUGUGUGUGUGUCUCAGUCAGCGUGUUUGUGUGUGUGUGUAUUGUGAUUAGAUUGCACUCCUCUAACUGUAGCACGUAUUAAUUAAAUGAUGUCUGUUGCUAUACAGGCAAAAUUGUCCCUAUCGGCCCACGUGAGCUCUCAGGGCAGCGGCUCUCAUUACUUUUACAGCCCACCCUCGCGCUGCGCCGGCCCCCUGAUUGAAAUAGAUUGUGGUAGUAACAUCUAUCAUUACAGUUUUAUUGGCUUAUUUACAGUCUACAUGCUCAGAGAUCCACCAUACGCUCAUUGAGAUACACACGUGUGAGCAGAGCAGACCCAGGCCCAGCAUCGCUCACAGAGGUGUAAUACUUACUGGAGCAAGCAUUACUAUUGUAACAGGAAGUCUACUUCUGAUUAACUCAGCCAAAGUGUACAGUACAUUAAGGAGAAGCAGUGUCUUAUAGGUGAUGGAGGAGUGUUUUGUCUUUCAUUUAGGUGACUCUCCAUUCCUGCCUGAAUCAAUUACCUCCAAAUUACACUGUGAAUGCCAACUGUGCUAAUGCCACAGUGCUGCUUCCAAUUCAGCAGAGUACUUGCUACUGGAUGAGAAAUGAGCUCCAGCUUUUAACAGAGAAACAGAAUUCAUAAAAAUGUGUUCUAGUUGGUUUAAGCCAUUUGUUAAGCAGUAAAUUGAGGAGGAGGCAAGGCCUGGUGCUGUAGUAGUGUACUGUUAUAUGAUGUUUUGGCGCUCCAGCCAGAGUUGUUGUUGAUGAAGCGGGACGGCCUAGACACUUUGUCUCUGCUUCCUCUCUCUGUCACCAGUCGCCCUGGUUACAGCGGGACAUUCCUCAGCUUAAAGAAUCGACUGCCACUGAUGUCACCAUCCUCAGAAAAUAGAUGGAGCACUUUAAGUUGAUAACGCCGCAAAAUAUGUUUCUGUUACUUCAUUAGGUGUGACUUUUCCCUGUUAAUUGAUCAUAGGUGCUAUUUUUACGUGGGAAUACAUAUAAUAAAGGUCCAAAAGUCAUAAGCACACUUGCAAGAAAGCGACACAGCUAUUCUUUAGCACUCAUGUCAUUGAGAAGGGAAAUGCAUGUGUUUCUCUAGCUCUCUGACACUGCAGAGACAUCCUCGUUUGUCGAACACCACCGACCUAUGAUUCACCUGCACUACAAUUAAAGACGUAUGGUGCAAUGAGCUAAGAGUCUCUUAAAGGUACAGUUGCCUCAUUUACAGUAGUCUUUUAUUCUUCACGUCAAUGUUUUAUGUGAGAGUAUGGAGAGACAGAGAGAGUAGAGAGGCCUUUUGGAUAGAUGAAAAUGUUGGAGAGAAAGAAUCAGGGCUGUUGGAUGGAUGAUAGCGAGAUGAGAUGUCAUGUGGCUCUGGCCUGGUCUUUCUGCCGUGUCUCUGUGGUGUGGUUUGCCUGAGUCAGGCUGCCUGCAUGGGGAGAGGAGAGGAGAGGGACUAUGCUGUGGUACUGGCCAUGUAGAGACAGACAUAGCAUGUAACCCCAUGGAGAAGGUUCCCAGGGGACAGAGUUGCAGCCUUUAACAGACAAUUAUUGAUAAUUAAAAUAUAAUUCCCAUGGUCCCAUCUUUCUCUCUCUGCCUCCCUCCCUAUCUCUUUUUCUCCUUCCCCCCAGUCUAUCUUUGAAGCCAUCUCUCUCCCUCUCUCUGUCACUCUUGGCAGAGGGCUGUUUUAGGUAGGCUGAUUUGGCGCAUGGCUCUGCUUAAAUAAAACUUCAGUACUGCUACAGUCAUUCAGAGCUCUCUGUGGUUUGCCAUCUGCCAAAAACAUGAUUUUUUAAAGAAUAAAGGGGCAGUGGGAGAGAACUCAAAGGAUUGUGGUAGAUGUACGAUGCCUCACACGGUGGGUGGGAACAGAGGAACAGAGGAAGAUAGUGGGAGGUGACGACACAUCAGAGUGGGAGUUAACGGAGGUGGCUGAGACCUGGGGCCUCAUUUAUCAAAAGUGUGUGGGUACAAAAAAGACUCUAAACCUUGCGUGCACCAUUUUUCCCGCAAAGGUUGGUAUUUAUCCAUUUUGAACUUGAUGGUAAAGGGUGCGUAUCUUCACGCAAAUCUCAGACCAUGCGUAUGCACAACUUCUAGUGGUUGAUCAAUUGUAUUCCAAGCAAAUAUUGUUAUUUUGAAGGGAAUUAUAAUGGUAGGUUAAUAAAAACAUUAUAACGUAUGCCUACUGAUAAAACAGAUGCAUUUGCUGUUGGUGAGGAGUCCACAUGGCAGCAUGUGUUUCUUUUACUUGUAUUAUAUAGGCCUAAAUCAUGAUCAUAUUGCAGAACGUCUCUGCUUUUCUGACAUGACUGGUUUAUUCCCACUACACAACAAUUAUUAGCCUACCUUUAUCCAUCACAGAUUUAAUAGCCAAACAUGCUUGAAAGUAAAUAGACCGGUAGCCAAUUUAAAAUAUAUGCCAGUAUAGGUAGGCUACAGUAUUGCUGUGUGAUAGAAUCGCAACAUCAUAGCCUAUUUAAACUCAGAGCCUAUACCAAGGUAGGAGAUAAAAACAAAAUCUAUUGAAAAAACAAAAUAUUGAACAACAAUUCAUAUUUUCCAUAGAAGUGUGCCGUAGCAUUUACUUUUAAAUUGUUAAAAUAGACAAUCAAACUUUCAGAAUGCAUGUUUUGUUUGAAAAAGUCACAGCAAAAGAUUCAAACAUUCUGCCCACACCUCUACAUAAAUGUGAUCAAAUUGGCCAAUGUGCUUUCUUCUAGAAACUUGUCAUGGCCCCGUUCCAACAAUUACAAAUCAUACAGCAAAUGAGGGCGUUUUUGUUACCAUAAAAGGUGAAUGGAUGGUGUAGGGCUCGCUCACAAGCGCACAAAUAUAGUAUGGCUCUGAUUUAUCAAUGAAAACAUGCAUAUAUGUUGUGUGCAACAGUUUGAUAAAUCCCAAUAAUUUGUUGAGCAAGCAAAUCCACGUACGCCAGAAUUUACUCCGAAAUGUACGCACGGUUGAAAAAUGAAGACCAUGGACUUAGUGGGUCACUGAAGAACAAAGGAGUGCCAUGGGAGGGUUAGGAAGGAAGGAAGGUAGCAGGGAAGGUUUCACCUGUAACUGUUAGGUUAGUCUCUUAUGCUCUUCACAAUGAUGUCCUGCAGUAGGGGUCUUCCUAGUCUCUCCACAUGGGGAGAAAAGAAAAGGACACCAUUGAAGUGUGUUGAAUCUCAGUGUGGGGCUUUGUCCCAAUCCUCAAAGAUGGCUUCCUUUCCUUGUCUCCCCCUGCUGAGUGCCAGGAAAAAGAUCCUGUUUUUAACACUCCUUUCAACCUUUCUGUGAGAUGAAAUAAUGACGUAGGGUAAUGGAGUGUAUUUUUGCAUCUUCCUCCAUCUCUCAGUGGUGCUAAUCACAGUGUUUUUCUCCCUACUUUACCUGCUGCUCUGCUGCUCACGGACAUGGACUAUCUGUCACCCCAUUUCAGCUGUGUUUUAAAAACAUAUUCUGAGUGCCUGUUUGGCUAGCUGGAUGACCUACAUAGUUAUAGAGUCUAUUGACGUCAUGUGUAUUGCUCCUCCUGCUCAGGUCAAACAGACCUCUGAUUGACUUUGAUUGUUCUCACCAUAUGAGAUUGUACUCACUCUACAAUAAAUUGUAUUUCUCUCUACCCCCCCCCUCUCUCUCUCUCUCUCUCUCUCUCUAUUCUCUCUCUUUCUCUCUCUCUCUCUCUCUCUCUCUCUCUCUCUCUCUCUCUCUCUCUCUCUCUCUCUCUCUCUCUCUCUCUCCUCUCUCUCUCUCUCUCUCUGCCCUCCCCUCUCUUUUUCUAACUACUGUUUUCUCUCUUUGUUGGGUGAAAGUAUCACAGGGGGUUGAAUCGAUGUUAGACUUCAAUGUAUUAGAUAUUCCCCAGGCUCUAAUGUGUGUCUCCUGCUCCUCUCUCCUCUCCUGUUCUCAGGUGGGACUGAAGGACAACCCAGCAGUGGACCCCAUUAUCCACGGCCUGAGGGGCGUGGUCCAUCAUGGUGAGUGACACUUCCAUCACCCAAUCAUUCCAGGAGGGACUAUGAAUUGACCAGUCAUUGACCAACAACAUUUGUUCAUUGAGGAUCACAACAUUAUUUUUGCAAGGUUGCAUGUAACACUGUAAUAUCUCAGCCUCUUUUAAUUCGUGUUUCAGUCAUUGGGUAGUCAAAUUUUUUUUUUUGCAACUGCCUAAUUAUAUCAAACAUACCCCAGGUUGCCCCCAGGAGUCCCGACAGACAAAAUAAACUAUUAGGAAUAUUAAUAUUGGUUCUGCCCACCAUUUUUAGCAGAUCUGCCAGAGACAAUUCAAGCCUUGUCUGAAUAAGACCAGAGGGAAAUGGGUGUGUCCCUGGUGUAGUGAUUAUAGUUGGGUAAUUGUUUGAACUCUGAUAUGAGAUAAAGCUGCUAAAUCUGACAAGAAUUGUGUUAUAAGGGUGAAGGCUUAAGGCACUCGACAGGCUAAGAUAAAGACUGCUCUGGUCUUUGAUUCAGUGAGCUCUCACUGAUGUAGAAGGGCUGUGUAACUUUGAACUACUGAUACAUUAAGAACGUGUCAUACAGACAGAACUAUAUAUCGUAAAAAAAUGCAGAAUUAUAUUGCAUGAUGAUGAUGAUGAUGGUGAUAACAAUAAUGAUGAUGAUACAAUCUUCGUCGUCACAUUAUGUUUAGUGUAACCAGUGAAAGGCAUCAUCUUCAAUAUCAUAAUUAUCCUCCCCAUUAAUUUCACAAUGACAGUCACCAUGACAGUCACAAUGAUAGUCCCAUUGUCUUCCUGUCUUUGAUGCCAUUUGUUAUUACUGAGGGCUCUGGCGGUGUCCUGUGGUGAGAGGGUGGAGAGAUGAUGGGACUAGAGAGGAGGAGAGAGUGAGUGUGAUGGGAAAUGGGAAACGGGAGGGAAUGGGAGAGAGGACAGGAGAGAGGGAGUGUGAUGAUGGCAGUAUAAAGGAGGAGGGACUCUGAGGCAGGAGAUAUGACAGGAGAGGAGAAGGGGAGGAAGUGUGAAUGGAGAGAAGAGGAAAGAAGGGAGUGUGCUGGGAGAGGAAAAAAAGGAGGGAGGGAGAGAAUGUGACGGGAGAGGAGAGGGAGGAAGAGCUAAGGCUGGGAGAGAGGAGGCAGGCUGUGGCGUGCCCAGGGCCAGGCAGCGUGACGGGGGGUGAGAUAUGCACUGUCUUUAUCAGAGACAGAUAUGACCGUGGGGUCCCCCGCCUUCCUCAUCUCCCACUUUCCUCCCCCGCUGACAGGCCUGUCUCUUGCUGUCUCCCAGUUGUGAAUGGAGAGAUGUAUUUUCAGCUCUGUUGCCGCCACACGGGGAGGGGACAGACACGGAGGGAGGGAGAGGAGGGAGUAAGAGGGAGGGAGACUCUCAAGAUUUAUGGAUUUGAAUUAAGCAUUCUCAUACACACACAUACUCACAAACUCACACACAAACUUCCAGCAAACUAAUAGCAAAACACAUGCAAAGUUCUACACAAUUAUUCCUUCCAACACAGUGUUUACCCUAUAUUCAUUUAUUUUUUAUUCUGCCGAGACGUGCUUUUAAGAUCACAGUGACAAGUUACAACAAGUGACAUAUCUUCCUCAGAUUCUCAUCAGAUCGUUCCAGAAACCUUCACGGUAACUACACUGAACAAAAAUAAAAAAAAUGCUACAUGCAACAACUUCUAAGAUUUUACUGAGUUACAGUUCAUAUAAGGAAAUCAGUCAAUUGAAAUAAAUAAAUUAGGCCCUAAUCUAUGGAUUUCACAUGACUGGGAAUACAGAUAUGUAUCUGUUGGUCACAGAUACCUUUAAAAAAAGGUAGGGGCGUGGAUCAGAAAAUAAGUCAAUAUCUGGCGUGACCACCAUUUGCGUCAUGCAGUGCGACACAUCUCCUUCGCAUAGAGUUGAACAGGCUGUUGAUUGUGGCCUGUGGAAUGUUGUUCCUCUUGUCUUCAAUGGCUGUGUGAAGUUGCUGGAUAUUGGCGGGAACUGGAACACGCUUUCGUACAUGUCGAUCCAGAGCAUCCCAAACAUGAUCAAUGGGUGACAUGUCUAACGAAUAUGCAGGCCAUGGAAGAACUGGACCAUUUUCAGCUCCAGGAAUUGUGUACAGAUCCUUGUGACAUUGGGCCGUGCAUUAUCAUGCUGAAACAUGAGGUGAUGGCAGCGGAUGGAUGGCACAACAAUGGGCCUCAGGAUCUCGUCACGGUGUCUCUGUGCUUUUAAAUUGCCAUCGAUAAAAUGCAAUUGAUGCCAGUGGCCAUCAAAGGUGAGCAUUUGCCCACUGAAAUCGGUUACGACUCCGAACUGCAGUCAGGUCAAGACCCUGGUGAGGACGACGAGCACGCAGAUGAGCUUCACUGAGACGGUUUCUGACAGAUUGUGCAGAAAUUAUUUGGUUGUGCAAACCCACAGUUUCAUCAGCUGUCCGGCUGGCUGGUCUUAGAUUAUCCUGCAGGUGAAGAAGCCGGAUGUGGAGGUCCUUGGCUGGCGUGGUUACAUGUGGUCUGCGGUUGUGAGGCCGGUUGGACGUACUGCUAAAUUCUCUAAAACGACAUUGGAGGCGGCUUAUGGUAGAGAAAUUAACAUACAAUUCUCUGGCAACAGCCCUGGUGGACAUUACUGCAGUCAGCAUGCAAAUUGCACACUCCCUCAAACCUUGAGACAUCUGUGGCAUUGUGUUGGGUUAAGGAAGGAUCACAUAAUUCCAUCAAGGUCAUCAGGCGGGAUCAGCCAAUGCAUUAUACUCUUGAGCAAACAUCCCAUAACUGCAGGUGGCAGUAAAUCCCCAACUUUGGCUUUAUACCUGUUCAAACAACACUCCAGGUGGCAGUAUGCACCCUUUCAGUUUGUUUACCAACUCGUAUAAGUAGUCGAAGAAGAAAAUGGACUACUUCAAAAUGGAGAUGGCCUCAAUAGCACUGCCCAUGCUCACAGACGCCAUAAUGGGACAGAUACAAUGUUGCGUCCUCUAACUAUCUCUAUGAGCCAACCCUAUUAAUAGAUGUAUGUAAUGAUUGUUAGCUAAGAUACGGUAAUGUUACGCUAGCUAAAUAAUUUUUGGGGUUAGUAUAGAAUUGUCUGGUGAUGUCAUUGAGUUCAAGAGAUAAAAUUAAACAAAGGAAGAGAACAUCAUUUAAUUUUCAGCCAUUUAUGUUAGAAUGUCCUUUAAAAAAAGUCCCCAGAAGUGACCUUCUCACAGCCGUUCAACAACACCCCCCCAACCCUUCUCAUAGUCUUUCAACAAUCCCCCCCCCCACCCCCUGCCACCGCUGCUGAAAAAAAUCCUAAGGGAAACACUGCAACACAUCCUAUCCCAUUCCCUGGGAUCCAUCCACAGGUAGACACACUAACAAACACUUGUUUGAAGAAAAUAAGAAGUGCUGUGAGAACGUUGUGAAGCCAUCUUCUGUUUUCAAUGGCUCUGUGUGUUUCCUGUGUCUCAAAGGAAGGCCUUUUAAUUGUAAUAUUAGCGUCGCGGCGACGGAGCUCAUUCUGCUGGUAUUUUAAGCACACGGGCCUGUGGAACAGGAAAUCUGUCUGCUCAAGUACGGUAAUCAUCCAUUAGGUUCCUUCGUUACUUAGUCUUAAUAUUUAAUUAUACGGCAAGGGCAGGUACAGAAUCUAGGCGCAAAGACACGUCCUCGGGACACAAAUCAGGAAACACCAAGUGCUUACAGACACAGUUCUGAGUAUCUGUGUGUGUGUGCUUGCGUGAGAUCAUGCAUGUGUGUGUGUGUGUGUGUCUGUGUGUAGUUUACAGCUCAGAUAUCUCUUGUGCAGGAGACAGAUGUUGCGAGUGGAUUUAAGCUGGGGCCAGUCAACACAUGCAUGUACAUUAAAAACCCACAAGGCGUUGUCUGGCUUUAAUCUUAAUAGAACAAUGUAAAUCCUUUGUUCAUUCAUUUCCUAUUUGAAUAAGCACGAGAAGAGUGCAGAAGACUGAAAGAAACUGUACACUCAGUACAGUGGUUGCCCAUCUACGCAUGCAAAUCAUAGGGUACAUUGUAAAUAUGCAGUGAGCCACAGCCUUUUUUCUGUCUGAUGACGUGGGGGAUUUGAGCUGUGAAAAGGUACUGGGGCAUAAUAUGAAGAUUUAGGAGUGAUUCAAGUUGAUCUACUAAUAAAUACGUCUCAGCUGUAUGAGACAGUGGUGUCUUGAUGCUGGAUAUGAAGGAGGUAAAGGAGAGCGGGGCUGAUGGGGUGACAUACUGUACUCCCCCAACCCUGUACGUCAUUGUAUUCUCUUGCAUAUACUGUAUGUACAGUAUAUGUACAUGGCCCAGUGUUAGCUCAGUGUCAGUCAUUGUUUGCUCAGUGAACCGUUCUUUCUCAGUGGUCUCCUGUGACAGUGCUGAAAUUAACUCCCCGCUCCUCACUGGCAUUACAAGUCCAUUAAUUCAGCGUCUCAAAGUGGCUUUGAAGUCUCCACUGACUAGGCACUCUCCAACCCUGAUUGGAAAUGAAUUUAUAAAGGCUGAAAUAGCUUACCAUACAGUAGACUACAGUACAUUAUGUGAGGCUAGCUAGUGGUACAGCUGUGGUAGUAGCAGUAGUAUAGUGCCUUCCUUGCCACUGUGCCUGCUUCUAUCUGUCCUCUAUUCUCCAGCAGUGGCUUUAAUCCCCCAGCUCUCCCAUUCACAUCCAAUCUGAUGCGGCUCCGUGGCGCAUUGCUAGCACGCUAAGCCCCUUUUUCAUCCCUGCCCAAUAGGAUUCCCAGUUUAGUUAUGUAUUGAAAAUGUGGGGCAGGAGGAUUCAUACAGUCAUUUUGUUUUGUUUCCUCGCCACAUGUUUGGAGGUUAUUUACAUUGUUAUCUCUAUUUGGAGGGGGGGGGGGGGGGGGACUCCUCAUUGUUGGUCAUGAAAAGUUAUGGCACAAGAGGUUUGGCCCCUCUCUCUUUAUCACUAUCCUGAGCAAAGUGUGGAUGCCAUUGUUGUCUUUGACUGAUAAGCAUUGCCAUCACAACAGGAUUUUGGAAGGAAAUGGGCCGGUUUUGUCCUCAGUGGGAUUGAUCAGCUAUAAGAGAAGUAUUUGUGUCAAGCUUGAGUCGUCCAUUGGGUUCUGAUGUAGCCUGGGACACUGGGGCCAGAUCCAGUGGUUACACACACCAGCUCUGACUCAGGCCUGGUUGAAUAAUCCUCAUGGCAGCCAAACUAGACUACUUGCAUCAGUACUAGAGGGUUAUACCCAGAGGUGUAGUCCAGGGUAUACGCUGGUAUACGGCGUAUACCUACUUAUUUUUCAGUCAGCAUUGCGUAUACCCAGUGGUGUAGUGGAGGGUAUACGCAGGUAUACGCAGUAUGCCCACUUAUUUUUCAGUGGGCAUUUCGUACACUCACUUCUUAAUCCCCACUGAUGUGUAUCAAAGUAGUGUGGUGGAGGUAUACGCCAUCUCAAUUAAUAAGGCUGAUGGAACUGAUCAGAAUGUUUAGCUUAAAAUGUUGAAACUAUUAUUUCUCCACAUUUUACGCGCAGCAAUGUGCACACGGCGGAAGCCUACGCGUGAACGUUCUAACACGCGAUUGCGGAAUAAACACCGUUCUAAAAAUGCGCACCGCACAUACGAGUGGUUUCAUGGACAGAGAUGGAAAUAUCCGUUAGAAAUGUAGAAAGAGGUGGGAUUUAAAGAUGCAACAACUGUAAUGUGUUGCUAAUAUGACUAUGCCUUUGGCUGCUAGACAAUGAAAGAAAGUUGAACAGGAGAACGCAUAAUGAGUAUGUCUUUAUAAAAAUAAUUGCCUCCACGUUUCUAUGGUGGGAUUUUGGCUAUAGGCUACUACUUUGAAGCUAGGUAAGACAUGCAUCACAUAAUGAAGUAAAACGUUCAGGUGUCAAAUAAUUAAGGAACAGGAAAAAUAUAGCACUGCUAAUGAUAGGUCUAACUGUCUUCUGGUAGAUGGAAAGGCUUUCCCAAAAAUCUCCUUUAUUAAAUGUUAACUAGCUACAAAGUAGCCUAUGCCUACCUGUCAGAAUGAUAUGAUGAUUAUUUGUAUCAAUCUAGUGUCCUUUUUUUUUUUGCGUACUCCAUCUCAUGUGCAACAGAAACACCACUAACCAAACAAAAGUGCCUGCACACUUGAAUUAAAGGACAACUACACUCAAAAAUCAAAUUUCUUCAAAAGUGGUCUCCUGAUGUUGUUCAAGCAUUGUUAUGGACUUAGAAUAUACAAUUGUGAUUUUCUUCUGUAAAAAAAAACUGUGAGAGCAAAAACCUGAAAAAAUGGGGGAAAAUCUGAAACCUUUGAAUUUCUGACUCAUUCAGAGUGUAUGUCACUGUUUUUCAUAGAACUUUUCACACAGGGCGCCUUUCCUUCGCCGGGCGGGCCAUUUGGACAUUUCUUGGCAAAAUUAGAGUAUACCCACUUCUCCAGGCAAAAUUAGAGUAUACCCACUUCUCCAGGCAAAAUUAGAGUAUACCCACUUCUCCAGGCACCACUACACCACUGGUUAUACCUAUACUCAAUGAUUCAGUGACAAAGAGAAAAAAAAUCCCCAUGACCCUGUUUACGCCAAUCAAUAAGGAUAUUUUCUAAUUCCCAAGCAUUGUAGUAUAGAGAUAGUGACUGUAUGUGGCUGUGACUGAAUGGUCAAUACUGUUUCCUUGUGUCACUGUGCUUGUUCUCCCCCAGAGAAAGAAACCUUCCUGGAGCCUUUUGUUCUGAGGGACCUGUUGCCAUCAUCGUUGGGGAGUUACUACCGCUACACAGGCUCUCUCACAACCCCACCCUGCAGCAAGGUGGUUGAGUGGAUCGUCUUCAACAGACCUGUGUUCGUCUCCUACAAACAGGUGAGUCACUUUAUCUCUCUCUCGCUCUCGUUCUCUCUCACACACACACACACACACACACACACACACACACACACACACACACACACACACACACUGACUUCUUUCCUUUGACUAAUGGCCUCCUUCUUCCAGGAGCUUUAAUUUGCUCACAUACCUAAUGUGUGAUGUUUGCAUUUGUGACUGGGUUGAGACAGACAUGGUUAGUAAUGUGAUGGUGCAGUUUCUGGCCUCGCUGGGUCCUUCUCUCCUCCCCAACAGUCCAGGAACAUUUGUCCAACUUACAUUCUAAUGAGGCCAAAUGAGUUAGAAGAAGCCAAAUGUGGACGAAGUAUUGGCUUCAUAUAAGGGGACACAGCAGGAGAGGAAGAGAGAAAGAGAGAUAGGGAGAAAGAAGAGAGGAGAGAAAAAGAGCGAGAGAUGGAGAGGUAAAGAGAGAAAGAAGGAGAGGAAGAGGAGGAAAAGGACUGUGAGAGAGGGAAUGUGUGGGCUGUGGUGUUGAGGGGUGGCCGAGCGUUGCCCCCUGUGAGCGUGCUCGGUGGCAGACCAUGUUUAUCUGCCAGAGCUUAGUCAAGGCCCAGACAGCUCUGAAGCUGUGGAGGAGAGGCGCUGCCUGGCUCUGGGCCCACAGAGAGAUAGGUCAUUCAUACAUAAAGCUUUAUAACCACUUGAAUACCACUAGCUCACCGUUAGUCAGCUUCACAUUCCCCUUACAUACUGUCUGGCUAGAUAACAUACUGGCUGCUACAUAGAGCUCAGCUGAAGAUAAAUUACCCAUAAGCAACAGCAUAUCCUACUGCUGAAUGCAAAAUACCACACUAGUACAUAGGUCUAUGCACCCUUAAUAGCUAGCAUAAAGGUGGGCAGUCACAGCAGCUGCGUGCACAGUACGGCUAGCAAUAAGACUACCACAUACACUUCAAUCCUAUAUAAAACCAGCAAUACAUUCACUGUAUGCAUACAGCUAGAAUAAACGGGUCUUCACACACACAGCCAGAAGAAGAUGGGUCUAAGGCACUGCAUCUCAGUGCUUGAGGCAUCACUACAGACCCCCUGGUUAGAUUCCAGGCUGUAUCACAACCGGCCGUGAUUGAGAGUCCCAUAGGGCGGCGCACAAUUGGCCCAGCGUCGUCCGGUGUAGGCCGUCAUUGUAAAUAAGAAUUUGCUCUUAACUGACUUGCCUAGUUAAAUAAAGGUAAAAUCAAAAAUCAAAAAAAUUAAAGUUUCACUAUUAUAACCUACUGUACAAAUGAGUUCAUUUUCUAAUGGGGGACAUUACAAUAUUCUGUAAAAGGAUCAUUUAAAAUUAGCAAAUGUUAUUUUACUCUUGAAUACAAUGAUAAAUCGCAGACAUGUUUUACAAUAGGGUGUUAAUGGGAGCUCAUGGUGCUUCUUCACCAGAGGACAGCAGGUGUCUCAUAGCAGAGUAGAGGGGAUUUGUCUGUUGUCAUCCUCUGAAUUAUAAGAGAGCGGAGAGGCAGUGGAGAGAAGAUGAAAAACAGCAUGGAGGAACUCUGAGCAUGACCUUUUGGAUUAUUUGAUUUUGCCUGAGAUCCAGUCAACAAUGAAUAAUACUCUGUCAUAUAUAUAGAAUAUACAAUGGGGGUUUUUUCACAGCACCUCUACAGACUUUCCUGGUAUAAGAAGUCUUUUUUUAGACUUUCCUGAGAGACGGCGGGCUAGCUAGUUACCAUGAUCGACACAUGAGAGGUGAUAAACAGGACUUACAGGGGCUCUAUCCAUCCAGGCAGCACGUCCUUCCUUCCUGUCACUGGGAUCCCUUAUCAUUACCGUUCCUGUCAUCUAUCCUCCAGAUGUUUACCCCUGACCCAUUAGUCAGUCUUUUUUAUUUUAUUUAACUUGGCUUUGAAGUCUAUUGUUACCACCUUCCCUGUCCUGAGGUUUGAAGAAAACAUCAUUGUCCAAGAUGAAAGAACAUGGAAAGAAGACACAGUGCACUCCCUCUCCCCUGUCUGUCUCUCCCUCCCUCCCUCCCUCCCUCCCUCCCUCCCUCCCUCCCUCCCUCCCUCCUCUCUCUCUCCCUCCCUCUCUCUCUCCCUCCCUCCCUCCAUCUCAGUCUUUUGUUCUUGAUCAGUGGUGGAAGUAGGUCAUUGGAAAUGACAGAUGUAGCUUAAGGGUGGCUUUUAAAGCAGAUCGAUGCUCAGCUAUUCCAUAGUGACAGCUCUGCCUAAAAUGCUUCCACUUGUAACAUCUGGACUGUGUGUGUGUGUGUGUGUGUGUGUGUGUGUGUGUGUGUGUGUGUGUGUGUGUGUGUUGUGUGUGUGUGUGUGUGGUGUGUGUGUGUGUGUGUGUGUGUGUGUGUGUGUGUGUGUGUGUGUGUGUGUGUGUGUGUGUGUGUGUGUGUGUGUGUGUGCCACGCCGGGCCACUUAACCCUCUGCUCUCCCCAUCACAGAUGCCUUUCUCACUAGUCACAGAAGUGUGUGUGUGUUCGCGCAUGUGUCAUGGCGUGUUUGCGUGAGUGUGUGCGCCGUCACUCCUGGAAGGAUUAGUCUCCAAUCGCACUGUGGUUUCCACACAAAGACAGAAAUCCUCUGGCAGGCCUGGAAGAGAUUUCAACCCCAAUAAGCUGCUUUUUCAGGAGGGUGAUGCCAUAUUAGGGAUUAGCAGAUUCUAGUCUGAUUAAGAGAUUUGGUGGAGAGCAGCGUAUUGCUUCGACACGGCCUGGCUUGAGCCUGUGUGGUCUGUGCCAGGGCUGGAGGCUACUGAUGUUUAGCAGAUCAGCCAUGAUGCUAAUGCAGCCUAUAGAAGGUCUCAGCCUACGGGACAUCACAGGUGGCCUACCAAAGAAGGGAAGGUACGUUAUUAUUCUGCUGGAAUACAUCUUCUCUAUACUGACAGAUGAGAGAGAUCUGUGGUGCACACACAUACACACCCUCCACACCCACUGUAGGGGGUAGUCAUUGAGCUGAGUAUUCCCCAGGCCUCCAGUCUCAGUCUGCUUAGUAAACACACACAGAGCCGAGCAGACAGGGAAGUGUUCCAACUCUCUCUCUGUAACCAUACCGACUGCUUGUUUAUCCCACAACCUCACUCCCACUCCCUGACCAAAUCACACACUGAGGAAAUGAGACCCUCCCUCCCUACAUCUCUCUUUCUCUCUCCGCCUGUUUUCACUCUAAAUCGACUGUGUGUUUUUCACAUGAGCAGUCUCAGCUCACGUUGUUUCUUUAGCCAUCAGCGUGUCAUCAUGAUGUUGACAGACAGACUUUGCACUCAUCAUCUUAAACUGCAGCUCUUAAACCGCUCGGCAGAUUAUUAUGAUUUUCCUGGAACCCUGCUCCUGGUCAGAUAAUGGUUAUUCUGUGGUUGUGGUUGUUCUUUUCUGAGCUGAGGAGAGGAGAGGACAGGAGGGGGACAGCUGGUCAUGUUUUUCUGUUUGCUUCAUGAACACUAUUCCCCUGAUUAGGCUGUGCUAGCUUGGCCCUGCACGCCUCAGACUCUCAGCUAGGAACAAGAUUACAACAUUACACAUGUAUGGGCAAAGGAAAAUAGGAUCUCACUGUGCAUUGGCUGCUUGAAAGAUGCCAUGAACAAAACAAAUCAGAUCAUGAAUCCAAUUUUCCAGUUGAAAUGAUGUCAGAGGUUUCAAUAUCCUCAGAAUGUAUUAUGGUAAUUUCUCUCCUCCUUAAUGUGUGUGUUUUUCCUUCUGCCUCUCUCUUCCUCUCUCUCUCUUUCUCUCUUUUUCUCUUUUUCGUUCUCUACCUCUCUCUUUCUCUAUCUCUUUUAGCUGGAGGCGUUCUACUCCAUCUUCACCACAGAGCAGCAGGACCAUGUGAAGUCUGUGGAAUACCUGAGGAGCAACUUCCGGCCAAUCCAGAGCCUUGACAACCGUGAUGUCUUCAAGUCCGCAGUCAGAGACGCCUGGCUACCUGACCUGACAGACAGCCUGGGCAACCCGUACGGAACAGAGGCAUCCAAAGGUAAGGCAGGACCACACACAUGAUUUGAUACUGCCCAUCCUGGUUACAGUCCAAUCCACAUGCUUCUUAUUCAAAGUAACACCAAGGUGAAUAGCAUAGAAUUGUUAGUUUUUAGACAUUUAAGGAGACUUUUGAGUAAAAUUGUAUUCAAAGAUUGGAGCACAGCACAUUGUUGCUCUCCAGUGAACGCUUGCUCAUACCAAAAUGUGAAUGCCUCAGAAUCCCUAAGGUACAAUCCAACAUAUCCUGACUCUGCCAUUCUGGAAUUUUCUCUGUUGGUUUGGGACAAACGAGGAGUGUUGCUCCCCUACCAUACGGUACUGGGAGGCCCACGAGUGGCCAGUCUUUUACUGGCUCAUUACUGGUUCCAGUACAACAUGUCUCCCUACACAACAUGGAGUGUGGUUACAUGCUUCACGUCUCCUGCGACCCUCUCACACAGUGAGCUAGCACCUGUCUGAACUGCAUGACCACACCAUUCUGGUUGCAGACAGAAUAACGGUGUGCCUGUAGAGGGACCUGCCACCUAUUCACUCCACUGCACAGCCCCUGCUGCUUUUGUGUGUGUGUGUGUGUGUGUGUGUGUGUGUGUGUGUGUGUGUGUGUGUGUGUGUGUGUGUGUGUGUGUGUGUGUGUGUGUGUGUGUGUGUGUGUGUGUGUGUGUGUGUGUGUGUGUGUGUGUGUGUGUGUGUGUGUGUGUGUGUGUGUGUGUGUGUGUGUGUGUGUGUGUGUGUGUGUGCGUGCGUGCGUGCGUGCGUGCGUGUAUGUGUGCACUUCAGUGCUUCCAAAACUGUACUACACAAGGAAAGCACAAUCACAAUGUGAUAGCAUCAUGCUUCCCCAAGAUGAGUAGCCUAGUAGAAAGGGAACGUUCCAAUCCAGCACUCUUCCUCAUAGCUCAUUGUGUCACAGCUGACAAAUGACACAAUUCCAUCAAAUCAAGAACAGACUGCAGCCUUUCUCUACCUCCAGCUCAAUGUGUUGCCGGACCCGUGUGCCACUCACCACUGUGAACGCGAUCAGCCUGAAAAUUGUGCUCUAUGUUUUUAAGUGCAGGUGUGCGUGUGUGUGUGUGUGUGUGUGUGUGAGAGAGUGUGCGUGCAUGCGUGCGUGUGUGCGUGGUGUGUGUGUGUACAUGCGUGUGUUUGUGUCGGAAGUCCUUUACUCCAUUCCCUCUGCCCUUGAAACACAAAGGGGAAUGGUAUAAUAAUAAUAUGCCAUUUAGCAGACGCUUUUAUCCAUUUUUACAUAUGGGUGGUCCCGGGGAUCGAACCCACUACCCUGGCGUUACAAGCGCCAUGCUCUACCAACUGAGCUAUAGAGGACCACGGUAUGCUAUGAACUGCUACAGUGAAGGCAGGUAGCUUAGUGGUUAAGAGCGUUGUGCCAGUAACCGAAAGGUCGCUGGUUCUAAUCCCCGAGCCGACUAGGUGAAAAAUCUGUCGAUGUGCCCUUGAGCAAGGCACUUAACCCUAAUUGCUCAUGUAAGUCGCUCUGGAGAAGAGUGUCUGCUAAAUGACACAAAAAAAAAAAAAAAAAAAAAAAAGGACUGAGUGACUACUUAGAAGUCUCUGGUCAAGGAGCUAUUCUAUUCUGUCACCUACUAGCCUGUAGAAUGGCUGCUAAUGAAAAAGGGAAAUCAAGAAACAUUACCAGGUCCUGGAGAGCCCAAUAUCUCUGUAAUGAUCGCAAUUAGAAUUAAUUUAGGUGCUCUGAAGUAACUCACUAAUCCACAGACAAAAAGCUUAGGAGAUUUCCAUCCAUCCAUCAAACAAUUAUUUUUCCCCAUUUAUGGGCAUGGAAAAUUGAUUGGCGGCACAGCGAGCUGUCACCCGGAGAGUGAUGGGAUGGAGGGAUGGAGGGGUAGAUGAUAAUUGGGAUGGAGAGUGUGAUGGCUGUCAUUCCUUCCAACAAUAGAGGCAUGGAAUUGAAGCCUAAGGGGUGAAAUGAGCUCCCAUGGCUUUAGCCGGGGUGAAUUAACUGAUCAGUUCCAAAAACACAAGGGUUUGGAGUGGGUUUAGAAGGGGAUGGAGGGUCUGUUGGAUCUAUUCCCCCCCCCCCCCACAGUAGUUAGGAUUUUAAGAGACGACAAGGGAAGGGAUGGCAAGCCAUGGUUUAACGUAGGUCAGCUGACGUAAUAGUUUUUGAACAGCUUCAGUGUGCCUUGGUAUGUAUUCUACAAGUGUCUGUAUCUAAUGGAGGGAUGAGACACCAUUCUUUCACGAGAAAUUCCAUCACUUGGUGUUUGUUGAUGGUGGUGGAAAACACUGUCUCAGGCACCGCUCCAGAAUCUCCCAUAAGUGUUAAAUUGGGUUGAGAUCUGGUGACUGAGACACACACACCCAUACACCCACACACACACACCCACAAACAAACACACACACACACACACACAAACACACACACUCACACAUACACACACCCUUUAAAACCCCUAUGCUGCUUUGAGACCCCUCUUUCAAAGUAACUGAGAUCUCUUCUUCUAGCCAUGGUAGCCCAUGUAAUGGGCAACUGGGCUUUUAUAUACAUGAGCAUGAUGGGAUGUUAAUUGCUUAAUAAACUCAGGAACCCCACCUGUGUGGAAGCACCUGCUUUCAAUAUACUUUGUAUCCCUCAUUUACCGACGUGUUUCCUUUAUUUUGGCAGUUACCUGUAGCUAUUACACAGUUCUGACCCCACAGGAAUGUUCUGAGUAUUUAGUUGUGUGACAUACAUCCUGAAGUAAGCUCUUUGAAGUUCCAGAAAGGUAGCUGGCUCUCUCACCGUACUCUCACUCCUUCAUAUUAGCCAUUCAUCUACCAGCAUGGUCAGAUAACCACAUGGCCACAGAUCACCUUCCGCCUUUAAACUGCCUCUCACAUCUCUUAAGAGACAUCCUCUCCUCUUUGGUGGCCAGUAUGAAAGAAUGAUGUCCCCCUUGCCAUCACUACCUUUCCUCUGUGUGUGUGUGUGUGUGUGUGUGUGUGUGUGUGUGUGUGUGUGUGUGUGUGUGUGUGUGUGUGUGUGUGUGUGUGUGUGUGUGUGUGUGUGUGUGUGUGUGUGUGUGUGUGUGUACAUGCAUUUGUGUGUGUCGGAAGUCCGUUACUCCAUCCCCUCUGCCCUUGAAACACAAAGGGGAAUGGUAUGCUAUGAACUGCUACAGUGAAGGACUGAGUGACUACUUAGAAGUCUCUGGUCAAGGAGCUAUUAUAUUCUGUCACCUGGAUCCUGUAGAAUGGCUGCUAAUGAAAAAAGGAAAUCAGGAAACAUUACCUGGUUCUGGAGAGCCCAAUAUCUUAGUAAUUAUCACAAAUUUCAAAUGUAGGUGCUCUGAAAUAACUGUCUGUGCACUCUGCUGUACUAUUGCUGCAAGCCCCCAUCUAUCCGCAGUCAGGUCACACCAGAUCCACUGCAGUAUUAGACGUUUGUCCAGGUCCCCAGGACUUCAAGAGAUGCUAGGGUCAACGUGAGCGCCUAUGACCAUCUAGUAGGCUCACGGCUUGCUAGGGUGUUGUGGAUGGGUAUUGAGGUAGUGCUUGAACCGCGAGCUACAUCUCUGAGGAUCGCAGGUUCAAUCCCAGUGCUAGGUACUCAUUUGUAUUUUUUCCGUUUUAACCUUAACCUUAUCCCAAACCUUAACCCUUACAUUAACCAGUUGGAAUUAAUCCCUACAUUUAAUCGUCAAGUUUUUAUGUUUAUCCCCCCCUCUGGACAAACAUUGAAUACUGAAGUGAGACAGUGAGAUCUUGUUGCUAUCAGAGUGGAGUCAUGAGGGGCUAUGGGGCCUGGGAGGGAUGAAGGAGAGAUCCUCUUAUGCCUUUCAUCACAGCAAUGCCACCUUACCUACUGCCCCCUAUUCACCUCUCUCACCUCUCUCUCUUGUCUUUCUAUUUCUCUAUCUCUCUCUAUCUCUCUCUCACACACAUGAGUCUGAGAGACUUUCUCUGAGAGUGACAGUGCAGGCUGACCCACCCCAGCUAGGUGUUAUCUAGAGGACACCCUGUGUGUGUGGAGGUCGAACAGGUUCCAUUGGCUAAGCCAGCCAGGCAGGCAGGCAGCAGUACAGGGGUAGAGGGGAGUGACUAAUCACUUUGAUAAUGCCAAACCACAACUGCUAUUCAUCAGGAUAUUAUUGGAUGACCGCAUUGCUACUAUUUAUGACUAAUUAAUUAGUCACACACAACUCAUAAUAGGCUAUUCUUAGGUAUGAGCCUGCUUUAUCAUUCCACAAUAACAGUGAGUGUACUCACACAUAUCAACGCUGUUUGUUUAGACCGUGUGUUGUAUUCAUCCUUGGGCUAUUAGUAAUAAUAAAGCUGAUGAUAAAAAUGUAGACAGCAUUUGGUUCUUUAGUCUAGUCUGUCUGUCUUCACUGGGUGGAAUGACGUCUGUUCAGGUGAGGGAGUUCUGAGAGAAAUAAAGCAGAUCUCUGGAAGAUUUCCCUGUGAAUAAAACAGGGUUUGAUUAUUGAAGUGAUAUUUUCAGCUUCCUGACAUGCUGAGGAAUUAAUCCCUCUGCUGUGGAGACUACAGAGCCAUGGAGCUGCCUGGCUGCAUUUGACGCCAUGCAACAUCUUGCAGAGCUGAGGACUCGGCACUCUGCUCAUUCUGGUCAAACAGAGACAUCUAGUGGACAUAUGAGGAAACAACACUGCUUCUGAACUGACCCACAGUAUGAUUUAUGGAGGCAUGCAUAUAUAUAGGGAAUAGGGAGAUAUAAAACCUAGAUGGAAGGCCUGGAGGCACGUAUAUAUGAGUCUGUAUUGUUUUAGCCCUAAGACGGAUGCUGCUGUCUGGUGGAACAGCUCCAUAAGUCACAGAACUACCUCAAAGCCUAGAUAGCACAGAUCCACACACAUCUCUCAUCUCUCUCGCUCUCUGUUCAUUGCAUCUUUGUCACUUUCAUCGAUCUCAUGUGUCUACAUGGACUGUAUGUGUGUGUGGCGAAUAUACAUACAUGUGUGUGUCCAUGCGUGUGUGGUGGGUUCUCCUAUCCUCCGGCAGUCCUUUGUCUGACAUUACAGAUCGUUGUGGGACCACAGUGUAAGAACCUCUUUCUUUUUUCCUUCUCUUUUCUCUCCCACAUCUCCCCUACUCCCUCCCUAUACCUCUCUUUCCCACCCUCUCUCUCUCUCUCUCUCUCUCUCUCUCUCUCUCUCUCUCUCUCUUUCCCUCCUCUCUCUCUCUCUCAGUGUGCAGCAGUGCUCCCAUCAACAUGAAGGUGCAGCAUCUGAACCGCACGGCCCUGGUGGUGCGAUGGACCCGGCCAGAGUUCACCUACCACCCGCCAAUCAUCUCCUUCCUCAUCUCUUACAGCUGGACCAAACACGAUGAGUCCUACGAGGAGACACACAUCACCGACAGCCAAAACAAACUGGUCAGUUUUUAUCACACUCACACAUGCACACGUUCAAGACAGUGAGUGAAUGAGUGAGACUACAUUAACACAACCCAAAUUACUCUACCACACACAGUGACAAUGCAGAAACUGGUGAGGUAGACUGAAAAAUGAUGAUAAAUUGGCUGCGUAUUAGACUGCGUGUGGAGACCUGCUGUAGUGACACUGUUGGUAGUUUGACCUUGGAACUAGCAUUAUGAAACACCAAUGUAAGGAUCAGAGCCGCCCCCAGCCAUUUAACAGCAGCAGCGCUGGCAUUUGAAACACCCACAGCUCUUUUACUAUCCUGCCAUUGUGUUCCGAUUGGGGGCUGGGAUUUAAUGAGGAGCGGGAGGGAGGGAUUCCUGCCUGCUGAUAGAGGGAGGGAGAACAAGGGACAGCGGAGGAGAGAACAGAGGAGAGAUGUGGUGGUUAUUUUCUUUGAGGGCUGCCCAUCAUUAACAGAAUCUAAUCUCCCCAUGUACCGCAGCCUCUCUUGUCUCAGCCAUUCUUCCUCCUCUCACCACUCCUUCCUGUUCUUUCACUCUUUUUUUAUUAUUUCUCUCAAUCUCCAUCUAUUUCCCUUUCUCACUCUCUUUUGUUCUCUCUUUCUCCCUCCACCUCUCCUCCUUUUCUUUUCAGAUUGUCAUUUCCAUUUUUAUUCUCUGUCUGUUCCCUGGGCACCACCAUUAUGUGGGUCACAUUAGGGAGCGCACGGUACAGCCAGGCUUUAUGAAACCUGUCGUCAGAAUCAAUGGAGAAGCCUACUAAACCACUCCAGCCCUGCUCCAGCCCCACCUUCCUGCCUGCUGCCUGCCGUCCGUCUUUACAGCCCUCUCCUCUUGUAAUAACCGCCUGGGAACAGGGCAGACACAUCCUUAACUGAAUUAAACUGUGCGGAACAUGCAUAAAUCAGGGAGGAGGUGGUGGUGGUGAGGGGAGAACAAACGCUAUUACUUAAUGUAAGAUUUAGUUGUGCGGCGAGCCCUCCCUGGUGAUCGGACACCAGAGAAUGUGAGUUAUGAUAAUAGCCAUUCCUCAUGCAUUUAGCGGUGUAUUGGACCUCCAUCUCCCCACCGUGGGGAUAAUUCAGGCGUGUGAUUUGGAAUGCGUACACCAUAAAGAGGAAAUAGGAAGGGAUACAUUACGAUGUGAGGUGUAACUCAGCCCUGUCUCUACCUCCCAUAUUCAGCCCAGGGUGAUUUAUUGCAUCCUAAUUAAAAAUGGUUUCAGUUGUUUUAUGUAUUGUUGCUACAGUGUUCCUACAAUCUUACCACUCAAUAAUCUGUGGUAAAUCCAGUGUUUGUUGUCUACAGAAAGAAGGAAAGUAGAUAGAGAGAGAGAGAGCUGAGGGAAGAAACGCACUGAGAGAGAGAGUGAGAGAGAGAGCAUAUAUUUUCCCACCAUGCUCUAACCUUCAUUUGUGACCUCUGCCCUCUGUGCUGUGUUGGGGUCAUGGGGGCAGGCUGUGUUAUGUCAUCAUUUUAGCCACGACAGAAUUCUAAGCUAAGCUGUGUGACCUCUCCAGGAAGGUAGCCAGAACUCAUCAAACUGUGUGUGUGUGUGUGUGUGUGUGUGUGUGUGUGUGUGUGUGUGUGUGUGUGUGUGUGUGUGUGUGUGUGUGUGUGUGUGUGUGUGUGUAUACACAGUUUACCAGAAGUCCACACAAGAAUAAUAAACCAACUAAAAUUCAGAGAAGUGAGCACAUUCUGCCGAUCCUCACUUGUAAAAGGCUAUUUUAGGCUUAGGAGUUAGGGUUAGAAUUAGGGUUAAAGUUACGUGUUAGUGGUUAUGGUUAGGUUUAGGAUAAGAGGUUAUGGAAAAUAGGAUUUUGAAUGGGAAUCAAUUGUUGGUCCCCAGAAAGUCCUCAUAAGUAUAGUAAGACAUAGAUGUGUGUGUGUGUGUGUGAGUCUAUAUUACUGUGUGCUCUUGCCACCCACCCUAAGUGUAGGAGUACACACCAUAGAUAUAGAAUCCAUCAUAUUUCUAUGGUACACACACUCCUCCUCUAUAGCAGACAGUCUACUAGCUACAUGGGUUUAGGGGAAGUGUGCAGCAGGAGCCUGCAGCCCUGCUCCAACAAAAACACAGGGACACGUGUAGAUGUGUGUGGUGCUCCUGUGUACUGCUGACGUCCCCUGGUUGUGUGUUACAGGAAGCUGUCAUCACUCCGGUGUCUCCUGACGUGCUGUACCUGUUCCGGGUGCAGGCUGUGUGUAUGAAUGACAUGCGCAGUGACUUCAGCCAGAGCAUGCUCUUCAGAGGUGACUCUUCCUCAUCUUCCUCAUUAUCAUCCUCAUCAUCACCCUCUUUCCUUCAUUUUUUCUUUUCACUUUUGUAAAAACAAUCUGUAAUUAUUUCCCUCACGUUGCAUCGUUCAGUUUAUAUUUAUCUCACAUCUCUUUGUCUCUUGUUUUGUUCCUUUGUUGUCUUGUUUAGUGCUACUCUCCUCCUCCUCAUCACAUAUCUCUGUCUGUCUAAAUGCCUAUGUUGAUUUGUUGCGCAGCUAGAAUCAAUAACAGUAUUACACUGUCUAUACAGUAAACUAUAUGUUGAUUAUCAUUGGUUAAGAAGUUUUAAUUUUAUGGUCUCCUUUCAGCUAACACCACCAGGAUAUUUGAAGGAACAAGGAUAGUUAAAACAGGGAUGGUGAGUGUUGAGUGAACCCUCUGUAGUACUGCCUCUCUCCAGCAGGGAGCAGCACUGUCUCAUUAUCAAACUUCUGUGCUGGAGAGCAUGCAUCCACUGUGACUCAGAUACUCUCAACUAGCCUACUUGUCAGUCCACAGAUGUUAAUGAAAUAUCAAUAUUGAGCAGAAGAUAGCAUAUCACGUACUUGACUUAUUUCUCCUUUCAGUUGAUGAAACAGUUCUACAUUUACAUGAUUACUGAUGGGUUGAUAUGGCAUGUAAAUAUUCUUCCACCAUGGUUCUGCUGCCUGCCUGGUGUGUGUGGAUGGGGGGGGAGAGAGAGAGUGCUGCAGUGCAGGGGGCUGUUGUCUCUGAUUCCCAGGGCUACCCCCACUGUGCCACUACCACUACCGCCCGGAGUGAAGCCAUGGGGGCCGGGAAGAGGAAAUAGGAAGGGAUACAUUAUGAUGUGAGGUGUUGUGUAACUCAGCCCUUUCUCUACUGCCCUGUCUGUCUCUCUUUUCCCUCCUUUUCUUACCCUCUCACCCCUUUUCGCUUGUCGUUUCUUUCUCUAGCCCACCGUCUCUCCGGCCUCUUCAGCUGACAUGGCUCCCAUCAGCUCCGGCUCCUCCACCUGGACCUCCUCCGGCCUCCCUUUCUCCUUCGUCUCCAUGGCGACAGGCAUCGGCCCGUCCUCCAGUGGUAGCCAGGCGACGGUGGCCUCCGUGGUGACCAGUACCCUCCUGGCUGGGCUGGGGUUCAGUGGUGGGGUCAUCUCCUCCUUUCCCAGUUCUGUGUGGCCGACCAAAGCUUCUGCUUCCAGACAGAAUCCCACCGCUGCCCCCCCUCGUCAGCCCACCACCGAACCUGCAGCCUCCCAGAGCGCUGACGCAGCCAAAGACAACGGAGAGGGAGCCGAGGACAGGGAGAAAGGUGCAAAAAGUGAGGGAGAGGAGGGAGAGAAGGAAGGAGAGGAGGAUAAGGAGGAAGACGAGGAGGAGAAAGAGAAAGAGACGAAAGAGAAGAAAGCGACAGUGGCGGACAAGGUAGAGAAGCAGAUGAACAGCACGGUGGUGAAAGAGCAUCCCACGACCGCCCCAGCCUCGACUGCCAAAGAGAAAGGAAGAGAAGAAGGGGACUCUGAGACUAACACCAGCAGCACUACGCCCUCUAGUGCUGUGGAGGACCAGCUGGUGACACACACACAGAGCACGGUGGAGACAGACACGGUGGUGCCCCCUACCACGGAGCCAGGGAAUAACCCGGCAGAGUUCCCAGCCCCAGACAGCCCCUCCCCCACCCUCAGGCCCAGCACAGGAGGGAACAAGAGCCACUGGCCUUUCUCCAUACACACAGGUGAGAACAUGCAUUAUACUAUGUACUUUUCAGUUAAUCUUGAAUCUGAGUAAAAUAAUGAAAGGGCAUCAGGAUUGGAUCCGAGACCAAAUUGUACUCCCUGUCUCCACUUGUUCUUUUUCCUUUCCACAGUAUGUGAUUCCUAAUAAUAUGACUAUAAAGUGGAAAGGAAUAUGACAGCCUUGUAUUAGACACACCAUGGUUCAGUUUAGAGGCUUUUUCAUACCCACACAUACCCAUUUACACCCACACCAACACCUACACACAUACAGUGCCUUCGGAAAGUAUUCAGACCCCUUGACUUUUUCCACAUUUAUUCUAAAAUUGAUUUUUAAAAAAAAAUCCCUCAGCAAUCUACACACAAUACCCCAUAAUGAGAAAGCGAAAACAGGGUUUUAGAAUGAUUUACAUACGUUUUCAGACCCUUUGCUAUGAGACUCGAAAUUGAGCUAAGGCGCAUCCUGUUUCCAUCAAUCAUCCUUGAGAUGUUUCUACAACUUGAUUGGAGUCCACCUGUGUUAAAUUCAAUUGAUUGGACAUGAUUUGGAAAGGCACACACCUGUCUAUAUAAGGUCCCACAGUUGACAGUGCAUGUCAUAGCAAAAACCAAGCCAUAAGGUCGAAGGAAUUGUCCGUAGAGCUCCGAGACUGGAUUGUGUCGGGGCACAUAUCUGGGGAAGGGUAUCAAAAAAUGUCUGCAGCAUUGAAGGUCCCCAAGAACACAGUGGCCUCCAUCAUUCUUAAAUGGAAGAUGUUUGGAACCACCAAGACUCUUUCUAGAGCUGGCCGCCCGGCCAAACUGAGCAAUGGGGGGAGAAGGGCCUUGGUCAUGGAGGUGACCAAUAACCUGGUGUUCACUCUGACAGAGCUCUAGAUUUCCUCUAUGGAGAUAGGAGAACCUUCCAGAAGGACAACCAUCUCUGCAGCUCUCCACCAAUCAGGCCUUUAUGGUAGAGUAGCCAGACGGAACCCACUCCUCAGUAAAAGGCACAUAACGUAACAAAAUGUGGAAAAAGUCAAGGGGUCUGAAUACUUUCCGAAGGCCCUGUAUGGUUAUACUGAAUGACAUACAGUAGGUGUUGAAAGUAUUAAAGUGACCUAUCUGCCCAGGAGAGCUCUCUACAUGCUGAGAGACUGUGGCUAAUGCUGAACACACACUGCUGGAAGUACAGUUAAGGGUUUUAAACUGCCACUGCCUUGCAGACAGUCUUAACUACAGUAGACUGUAUGCAAUAUUGACUAGGUCUGCUGGGUUAUACUGUAAUAUACAUUUAAUGGAAAACCAUAAUAUUAUGAUUUUCACAGGAAAUACGGGUAUACAGUUACGUCUAUGUAACUAAAGCUGUUCAUACAAUAUGAAGGGUGAAUAUGAGUUACUCGCUAAAACAAUAACUUGAAGAUGUGUAUUUGAUACACGUUUCUGUAGGAUAGGACUCUCCCCUCUCUUUCCUUCCUUCUUUCCCACUCCCUCUACUUCCUCAUCUUUCUCACUCCCACUACCCCUUCUUUCUUAUCUCUCCCACUCCCAGCUUUCUCAUUCCUCGUCUUUACCACUCCCUCUCUUUCUCUCCUUCCUUGUCUUUCUCACUCCCUCUUUCCAUCCUUGUUGUUUCCCAUUCCUCCUCUCUCUCCUUCCUCCUCUCUCCUUCCUCCUCUCUCCUUCCUCCUCUCUCUCCUUCCUCCUCUCUCCUUCCUCCUCUCUCCUUCCUCCUCUCUCUCCCUCCUCCUCUCUCCUUCCUCCUCUCUCUCCUUCCUCCUCUCUCCUUCCUCCUCUCUCUCCUUCCUCCUCUCUCCUUCCUCCUCUCUCCUUCCUCCUCUCUCCGUCCUCCUCUCUCUCCUUCCUCCUCUCUCCUUCCUCCUCUCUCUCCUUCCUCCUCUCUUUCCUUCCUCCUCUCUUUCCUUCCUCCUCUCUCUCCUUCCUCCUCUCUCUCCUUCCUCCUCUCUCUCCUUCGUCCUCUCUCUACUUCCUCCUCUCUCUACUUCCUCCUCUCUCCUUCCUCCUCUCUCUCCUUCCUCCUCUCUCCUUCCUCCUCUCUCUCCCUCCUCUGUGUUCUAUUUAGUGCUGGCCUACUUUCAGAGCCGGUGACAUGAGCUCAGAGCAGAGACGCAGCUGCAGGGUAAAAAACCCUCUGCUUCAUUAAUAGCUCCCUGCCUAGCACUUGAGUCAUGUAGACCAUUGGUGUGUGUGUGUUUGUUUGUUUGUUUGUGUGGCAUCAAUAUGCAUGUGUGCCCCUGUGCGUCCCUGCGUACUUCCGCUAGCGUUGUUUUUUCGGGACGACUCGUGUUAGCGUGAGAGGCAGACAGGAGAGAGCAGAGCAGAGAAGAGCACAGCAGCACAUCAUGGUUCCGCUGCCUGCCUGGUGUGUGUGGAUGGGGGGGAGAGAGAGAGAGGCUGUGGUAGCGGCUGGCUGUGCUGCAGUGCAGGGGGCUGUUGUCUCUGAUUCCCAGGACUACCCCCACUGUGCCACUACCACUACCGCCCGGGCUCCUGCUGCAGAGUGAAGCCAUGGGGGCGGCCAGGAACAGCACCGCAGGAGAACCAGCCCUGGGUAGGUAGGGUAGCGGGGUAGCGGGGAGGGGGGCGUGCUCAGUGGCUUUAGUGCCUCAGGAUGGAUGGGAUAUAGUGGAGCAUCUGGGUAGUAAGACAGGCUGGCUAUGUAGUACCAGGGUUUUCUUCAUAAACAGAGGAUGUUUUGAUUGUUGAUGUUCUAGACGUAUCCAAUAUCAAUUCAUCUUUACCGUUUUUUGUUGUUAUUGAACAUGUUUUCUCCUGUGUGUGCCUAUUGAAUGUGAUCCAGGGUUGUUGCUGUCUGUGUAAAGCUCCAGUCUAGAUACAGUAGGUUGAGGUGCUGAUGAUGUUGAUAGAUUUUGGCAGGUAGUGUGGCUAACUUUAGAAUACCUGUCUUUGACAGGACAGGAAUGUGUUGUCGCUGGUAGCAUUUGGUAUGAAGAGAGGCUACUGUUUAUUUGGUAGGCACGGCUAAAGAGAGAGGCUACUGUUUCUUUGGUAGGCACGGCUAAAGAUUCACAGCAUGUUUUUUGAGUAUUAUGGAAUAGUACCACACCAGUCUACAUAGAGUGGUGGUUUCUGGGCAAACAUUCUGGCUGAUCAUGUAGUCAGCACUUUACCAAGGUAAAUCGGCCGGUAACAUGAGUCUUUGGUUGAUAAGAUGGCAAGCUAAUUUUAAGACAUCAUUGUUUAUCAUUCGUUUGUGGCUUGUUUUGUACCUUUGUGAAGCUGAGUUAACCCUGGCUAAAUGUGUCUUCGACCUCAUUCCUUACCUCUCCACUUCCAGAUCAGUAUCCCCAUAUUGUCCAGUAAAUGUUGCUGUUAUUCUGACUGAUUGUGUCUCCUCUCCUUCUGUUUCAGAGAGGACAAGCGUGUCCAACCUGACCCGGCAGGGUGCCCCCGGGGUGGGCAGGAUGGAGUGGAUCAUCCCCCUGAUGGUGGUCUCUGCCCUCACCUUCGUCUGCCUCAUCCUGCUGCUGGCCGUGCUCGUCUACUGGAGGUGGGCACCAUAACACACACUGACACAUCACACUCACGUAGCUGAAUAAAACCUGUCAGGAAGAAUGUUUCCCCAAAUCGUGUUGAUAGUUUGAAGGAGGGUGAAAUGCUACAGACAGUGCUGGUCAACAGACGUUGUGAGAUUUGUGCACUCCAGUGCUAAUUCAACCCCCCCCCCCCCCCCGAGCAUCCUCUGUGGUCUCUCUCCAUGUGUCAGUGUGUGAGCUGGCUAUUGUCCCUGCUCUCCCCUGCUCUCCACAGCAGCACCAGUGCCCUAUAGUAGACCCCUGCUGCCACCUUCAUGGGUUAAGGCCCAGGGGUAUGACCGGCCAUCUGCUCCCCUUCAUGGCUCCACUCUGGAGCAGAGCAGGCUCAGCCAUGGGGGUUCAGGGGUGAGAGCACACACACCAAGCAGCCACUGUGAAAAACUGACACAGAGCUCACCCAGUGGGUUUUGCAUCUGCCAUCGUAGUGGAGGGCAUGCACAUUUGAAUUUAUUCAACAGCAAGCUUGUUUACAUACAUACACACUCACCCAUCUGCAAAUACUGUCACACCAAAAGCAUAAUCUAGAUAGCAUUGAGGGAAUGAGCACUAGUUUCCAGCCAAUAACUCUUACUGUAAGAUUUAUAUGAUUCCUAUGAUGCUGAAGAGAGCAAUGUCAGACCUCCAGGUCUUUAUCAUCAAAGCUCAUCCAUAGCACUUCAAAUAGGCGUUUAAUGCCAGCCUGGGUUCAAAGACCAUCUCUCCUCUGAGUGAGGGCCGUGACCUCUCACCCCCGGCUCCAUUAAAGGUCCUCAGCCAUGGCCAAAUGAUUAGCCCCUCAUUGAGACCCAGCAGAGCAGGAGGAAGCUGUCCCUAGACACUGAUCUCAGGUCAGUUUUAUGUUUCCGCCCUAAUGGUUAAGGUUGUAGGAUUUCAGGAGGGUAAGCUCAUCCUUGAUCUGUGCCUGGAGGGUAACCUUUACCCGUGGUGUUCAUAGGGCUCUGUCACAAAGGCUAAUGGAAGUGCAGCACCCCCUGAGGCCUGUAGGGGGCCUCUGGGGAGAACAUAUGGCAGAGCUCAUGGCUGCAGCAGCAGGCUAAGGAAGAUUAGGCUGGCUGUUUGGGUUAAACUAGCAUUUAGACUCAGCUUAUCCUACCUAGCCUGGGUGACCUGAGCACAGAGUGUGUGCUGAGCCUACCUUUGUGUCCUGCGGAUCAGACAACUGUGUGUGUGUGUGUGUGUGUGUGUGUGUGUGUGUGUGUGUGUGUGUGUGUGUGUGUGUGUGCGUGUGCGCGUGCGUGCGUGUGCGCGCGCGUGCGCGUGCGCGCGCGUGUGUGUGUGUGUGUCAGAGAUAAAGUUCCUGGUGUUACAGAGAUGUUGUCUGGAUGGUGACAGCCCCCCAGACGCUGUAGGCCCAGGGGAUCUGUCACAGUAGACUAUCUAUUCAUACACACACACACACAUACACAGACGAACGGGUGGGGCUUGAGCUCAAGGUCUCCUGGGCAGUAGCAGGUGUCUGAGGCGUGAGAGGGGAGUGUUGGGUAAUUCUAAUCCUAUUGUGGAGCAGAGCUCCAUGUUGCCUUGUGACCCCUCCCCCGCCGGGACCACAUUGGCUGCCUGUGGACAGUAAGCCCGCCAAUGAGUAAUGACCUGGUAAUGACUGGUCUGAGAUUAGGUCAACCAACCCUGAGCCUGACUAUAAACACACAGGAGAAUUACUGGGGAAAGAUCUAGGAACUGUUACUAGACAGAGAGAGAGAGGCCGUUGCUCCUCCGGCUUGUUUGUGGUCCUGUGUGGCUCAGUUGGUAGCGCAUGGUGCUUGCAACGCCAGGGUUGUGGGUUCGAUUCCUAUGGGGGACUAUUAGGAUAAGUGCGUCCGCUAAAUGACUCAAAUAUAAAUGUUAGAGCAGAGAGGACAGGGAAGCCCUCCCCUCUACUCCUCCUCUCUUCUCCUCCGUCUGCUGGUCUGGUUCAGCAUGCAGACGCUGCCGGCAAAGGCUGUUCUGUCUCUCCUCUUCUUCACUCUCUAGGAUGACCAGUUUCUGCAAUCUACUCUGCAUAAACUACAGGUAGGAGUAGGACCAUAGACACACACGUACAGUGACUUUACUCUGUAUUUGGUAUGUAGCCUCUGGUUCAAGCUCAGACCUAUGCUCCUCUCUCCUACAAAGAUUAUUUAUCUGUUUUCCUUUUCUCACCUAUAUCCUCUUUUUAAGGGGUGAGGUUCUCGCCAGGCUUAUUCGUUUGGAGUGCUGUCAUUGAGGAAGAAAUAAGUAGGCUAGUUAUUCUUUCACUUUGAGAUUUUUAAAGAGAGGAACAGUUAAUUUUUUACUCUUUACAUUGUUUCCAUAUUGUAGCUGUUAUCUCUGUUAGAGGAGAGCUCUUUGCUGAAGCGUAAAGUGUAAUAUGUUUAUGUACAGUUCACUUUCCUGAAGUCAGUGCUUAGUCUAGAGCUGGAUGUCUUUCCAGACACGCGUCCAGUAAUCUUGUUUCUAUGUGUACUUUGCCCUCUUCAUCUUUGUUUGACCUCAGACAUUCAGUAUGCUUAAACUGAAAACAAAUGGAUUCUCUUAGUGUUUAUGUGAGUCUUCACUCUGACUGUGUGAGAGCUGUGAGAGUGUGUGUGUGACUGUGUGUUUACGCUCAUGUUCGCCUGCUCUGGAGGAGUUCAAAGUACACCUUGAUCCUGUUCCACGUCUCCAGCACCAUCUGUGUUUGCUUUGGGGGGGAUUGGCACCUGUGGCGUCGCUGAUGACAAUGCUGAUACAUUAUUCACAGGUCUAACGUGUCACUGACGAUGUGCGUUUCUCGCUCUCUCUCUCAAUUCAAUUCAAUUCAAUUUAAGGGCUUUAUUGGCAUGGGAAAGUAUGCUAACAUUGCCAAAGCAAGUGAAGUAGAUAGUAAACAAAAGUGAAAUAAACAAUAAAUAUUAACAGUAAACAUUACACUCAGAAGUUCCAAAAGAAUAAAGACAUUUCACGUGCCAUAUUAUGUAAAUAUACAGUGUUGUAACAAUGUGCAAAUAGCUAAAGUACAAAUAGGAAAAUAAAUAAACAUAAAUAUGGGUUGUAUUUACAAUGGUGUUUGUUCUUCACUGGUUGCCCUUUUCUUGUGGCAACUGGUCACAAAUAUUGCUGCUGUGAUGGCACACUGUGGUAUUUCACCCAGUAGAUAAGGGAGUUUAUCAAAAUUGGGUUUGUUUUCGAAUUCUUUGUGGAUCUCUGUAAUCUGAGGGAAAUAUGUGUCUCUAAUAUGGUCAUAAAUUUGGCAGGAGGUUAGGAAGUGCAGCUCAGUUUCCACCUCAUUUUGUGGGCAGUGUGCACAUAGCCUGUCUUCUCUUGAGAGCCAGGUCUACCUACGGCGGCCUUUCUCAAUAGCAAGGCUAUGCUCACUGAGUCUGUACCAUCUCUCUCUCUCUCUCUCUCCCUCUCAGGAGGUGUUUCCAGACGGCUCAUUUCUACGUAGAAGACAGUAGCUCUCCCAGAGUGGUGCCCAAUGAGAACAUCCCUGUCAUCCCCAUCCCAGGUAAGCACCAAUUAGAGCAUCCCUUUUAUCCCCAUAGUACUCCAGGAAUCAUGAAUGGAUGAGUGGAAUGCUUAUCGCAACAACAUGGCGCCCAGCUCGGAAGUUGACCAAACUUUCACUUUCUGACUGUGGUCAGUGUAAUAGACACUCAGGGUCAAGGGGGAGUAGCCUAGUCCCACAUAGUUCUGCUCCUCUCUGGUUUCAUUGGAAUCCUUUAGGCAUCAAUAAUGUACAACCUGUACAGACACCACUCACAUACAGUAGAGAAACCAUAUGAGACUGCAUAUGACCAAUCUCCUUACAUGAGACCACUAUUUCAACAUCCAGCCACCUCUAUGGUGUCACGAUCGUUUAUGGAAGAUACGAACCAAGGCGCAGCGUGAUAAGCGUACAUUUUAUUAAGUACUUAACUCACGACAAAACAACAAACAAACGAAACGUAAAGUCCUAGGUUACACAAAACAAACCUUAACGGAACAAGAUCCCACUUGGUGCGAGGGGCAGGAACAGGCCGGACCGGGCUGGCGACGCGCACCACUGGCUUGGCGCGAGGGACAGGAACAGGCCGGACCGGGCUGGCGACGCGCACCACUGGCUUGGCGCGAGGGACAGGAACAGGCCGGACCGGGCUGGCGACGCGCACCACUGGCUUGGCACGAGGGACAGGAACAGGCCGGACCGGACUGGGAACACGCACCACUGGCUUGGUGCGGGGAGCAGGAACAGGCCGGGCUGGACUGGGAACACGCACCACUGGCUUGGUGCGGGGAGCCGGAACGGGCCGGGCCGGACUGUGGAGGCGGACUGGAGGUCUGGAGCGGAGAGCUGACACAACCCGUCCUGGCUGAAUGCCUACUUCCACACAAUACGUGUGAGGCAUCAGCACAGGACGUACGGGGCUGUGCACUCGUACUGGCGCUACAGCACUUGGCACUGGCGCAGGAUAUACGGGACCGAGGAGGCGUACUGGAGACCACGAGCGUUGAGCCGGCACACCCCGUCCUGGCUGAAUGCCCAUCUUUGCACGACACGUGCGUGGUGCUAGCACAGGAUGUACAGGACUGUGCCGGAACACUCGCGGCACAGUACGUAGCUCCGCAUAACACAGAGCUUGCCCAGUCAUACGCUUCCUAGCCUGAGUACGGGGAGUUGGCUCUGCUCUAACCCUAGGCUCCGCCAACCACCCUUUUAGCCCCCCCCAAACAUUUUCUUGGGGCUGUCUCUCGGGCUUCCUCCUCGGCCGGUACCCUCUGCGUUGCCGCUGCUCCUCUCUAUAGCGCACCUCCACAGUCUCCUCCCAAGGACGGCGAUCCAUUCCGGCCUGAAUCUCCUCCCAAGUCCAGGAUCCCUUCCCGUCCAGGAUCUCCUCCCAGGUCCAGGCUGUCUGUUCCUGGACACGCUGCUUGGUCCUCUUUUGGUGGGAUCUUCUGUCACGAUCGUUUAUGGAAGAUACGGACCAAGGCGCAGCGUGAUAAGCGUACAUUUUAUUAAGUACUUAACUCACGACAAAACAACAAACAAACGAAACAUGAAAUCCUAGGUUACACAAAACAAACCUUAACGGAACAAGAUCCCACACCGACUAGUGCCAAACAGGCUAGAAAAUAUACCACAGAAACUACACACCUUGGCUCAACAUUUCAGAGUCCCCAGAGCCAGGGCGUGACAUAUGGGCUCUGUUGAAGAGUAAAUGAAUAGUUAUUCCAAAUAUGUUGUUGUUUUUCCAAAGGAUCUGUUAGUGAUGCAUAGUGUGUGCAUUGAGAUGUGCAUGUGUGUGAUCAGUACUGGUGUUGUUAUGCUAGAACACACUGUUCCCUCAUAAUUAUGUGAUGAGUGUGUACAGGUGUUUGUGUGCGCUCAUUCAUGUUAGUGUUUAAACCCAUUUAUGAGCGUUCCCUGUCGUCAUUGGUUUAGCCCAAAUGCACCAUGUUAAAGGAGGAUGGAAGGGGAGGAGGGUAGAGGAGUGCUGGAUCUCUCUCUCUCUCACUCUGUCCAGCCAGUGGAUCAAACCUAAGAGGCAUGGAGAUUGACCCUCAAAGACCCACUCUUCCAUAUCUAACAUCUCCCCUUACAUCCAAGAUUCUCCCCCAGCAUCCAAAUCCAUUUGGACUGACUGAGUGCCCUUCACAAUGGGCUUUGGCACAGAGAGCUGUGUCCAAUGUGCCUAUUUAAACCAAUGGCAAAGCACUUCCCAGAUCAGGGACAGGGCAGGCUUAUAAAGUGGGCACCAGAAGACCUCUCUCCUCCUCCUUAAAAGGGUCUUAACUUUGAGAACCUACUUCAGUACUCUACAUUCUCCCCAGCAGAUUGUAACUCCUAGCGAGGUAUCAACAGGUAUGUGGCUUUAUUAGACUAUAUUGACUAUGAUGUAAGACAAUGUUUAUAGAAUAGCCUAAUGUUGAUUAGAGGGUUGUUUCUGGGUUGUUUUGAUCUUGAUCAGGGGUUUGGAGGACUGAAAUAGGCAUACUCUUUCUUUAAAUACAUUUGUGCAGAAAUGAAGCUAAAGAUUACUGGUUAAUUCCCUCAGAUAAAGCAGUAAAAACAGUAGACUCAGUCUGUAUACUGUAUCAACAGCCCCAGUGGGUCUGCAGUGAUCUAUGGGAGAAUGAGCAGCAGUGAGGGGACGGCCCAAUGUGACCACAAUGAUUAACCUGCUUCUCACAGCGCUAAUUGUCUCAACUGACACCCCACCACCACCACCACCACCUCUCUAAGCCUCCCUGACAUCUCUCUCUCUCUCUGGGGAUUUCAACCUCAUGAUAAUAUGAGCAGCAGAGAAACACACCACAUACCUAACUACCAGAGACAUACCACACACCACAUACCUAACUACCAGAGACACACCACAUACCUAACUACCAGAGACAUACCACACACCACAUACCUAACUACCAGAGACAUACCACACACCACAUACCUAACUACCAGAGACAUACCACACACCACAUACCUAACUACCAGAGACAUACCACACACCACAAUAUUUUACUCCAUUGUAUUUCCAACUACCAUUUUUCAAAGGCACAUUUUUUUGACAAUUAUGUCUAAUACAUUUUUUAUGAAGCUGUUUGACAUCUUGAACCUCCUUUUAUUGCCAUAUGUUGUGUUUACUAUAAGGAUAUGAUUAGUGGCAUUUGCAUGCUUAAUAUUCCUCUCAAUAUUUUAUGAGCAGGACACAGAGGGGGGUACAGAUAUGGAUUUGGGUGCUUUCAACGGGCACUGUAGUUAACAGCAUGUCCUAUGAAGUACCAUUAUCAUUUGGGCUAAGAUCUAAAAGUAUAGGCUGCCAUAUCCCUUAAGUUGGCUCUAUGAAACAUUCACUCUGUGUGUGUGCACACGUGUUUGCAUGUGUGUAAAUAAGUGUGUGCGUGCGUGCAUACAGUAGGUGUGUGUGUUCAUACACGUGUUUGAGUGUGUGAUUUCCCAUUCGGUGGAUGAAACGUUAGUUCAGCCCAGCUCUCCGUAUGUCUCACUAAACAAGUGUUUAGAGAGGUUCCCACAGGCACAGUUAGGACAGGACAUUCACCAAGAUGAGCUCCAUCUCCCUCAUUACUCUCCACAAUCACACUCCUUAGGAAAUCUUCCCUUCGCUAUUUUUACCCCGUUUUGUGAAGAAGUGAAUAAAACCAGGACCAGAUUGAGACUGUGAAUCAUUAAUGACGCUGCUUGAGAUGAAAGCUGUGAACUUACCUCACCUAUAUGAAACAUAAGCUGAUGGACAUUAAUAACCCAUUCUUUCAUUUGUCUUGGUGAAAUAUUGGUGAAAUAUUUAACAUAGCAUAGUGAGUGGAAGAGCAGACGGCGCCGCGAUUACUCUCACCUCUCCUUUUUCGUUUUAAAUUAGUUUUCUGCUGCUUUCCUGCAUGUGUUGCAUCACUCUGUCUUUUAAGUUGAAGAUAGAUAUUCAAGACAUAUAUUCAACAGGCAUUACAGGUUGCAGAGAUCCUAGAGAUAGUGUAGAGAGAUAGUGUAGAGAGGGUUGGUAUAAACAUUGUAGUGUACAUUAAACCUGUUUAUCUUGAGUACGUACCUCAGUUCCUCUGCUACACUUUCCCAUGUAUUCCCCAGACACAAGUGUGUGCUGAACUCGAACUGUGACUGUGUGUUUCUGACUAAGUGUCUAAUUGUGUGGUAUUGUCUCCCUUUCAGAUGACAUGGAGGCCAUCUCUGUCAAGCAGUUCAUCAAACACAUCUCAGAGCUCUACUCCAACAACCAGCAUGGCUUCUCAGAGAACUUUGAGGUAAAGAACUGCUCUCUCUGUUGUUUUAUAUGCAGUCUUAACACCACAAUAGACUGGCUGGAGUUGGACUAGCAUCUCAGCCAGGUGGGUUAGAGUUAGUUAUCCAGGUAGGUUAGAGUUAGUUAGCUAGGUGGGUUAGAGUUAGUUAGCCAGGUGGGUUAGAGUUAGUUAUCCAGGUGGGUUAGAGUUAGUUAGCUAGGUGGGUUAGAGUUAGUUAGCCAGGUGGGUUAGAGUUAGUUAGCCAGGUGGGUUAGAGUUAGAGUUAUCCAGGUGGGUUAGAGUUAGUUAGCCAGGUGGGUUAGAGUUAGUUAGCUAGGUGGGUUAGAGUUAGUUAGCCAGGUGGGUUAGAGUUAGUUAGCUAGGUGGGUUAGAGUUAGUUAGCCAGGUGGGUUAGAGUUAGUUAGCUAGGUGGGUUAGAGUUAGUUAGCCAGGUGGGUUAGAGUUAGUUAUCCAGGUGGGUUAUAGUUAAUUAUCCAGGUGGGUUAGAGUUAGUUAGCUAGGUGGGUUAGAGUUAGUUAGCCAGGUGGGUUAGAGUUAGUUAGCCAGGUGGGUUAGAGUUAGUUAGCCAGGUGGGUUAGAGUUAGUUAGCCAGGUGGGUUAGAGUUAGUUAGCUAGGUAGGUUAGGGUUAGUUAGCCAGGUGGGUUAGAGUUAGUUAGCCAGGUGGGUUAGAGUUAGUUAGCCAGGUGGGUUAGAGUUAGUUAUCCAGGUGGGUUAGAGUUAGUUAGCUAGGUGGGUUAGAGUUAGUUAGCCAGGUGGGUUAGAGUUAGUUAGCCAGGUGGGUUAGAGUUAGCCAGGUGGCCUGUGCUCUAUCUCUAACCACUGAUUGACUUGUUAUCUUAAUGUGUUGUGUCUGGUUUGCCGUGUGAGUGAAGGCAGAAUGUGUGUCCAUGUGUGCGUGCGUGUGUGGGCCAUUUAAGGUUCCCAUAGUGCUGCUAAUGGUCAUGGAGCAGAUGAUUUGGGAGAGGCCUUUUAGCCUUUAUACUUGUGUCUCCUGACUGGGCUGGCUGCGUGAGUGAGUGAGUGAGUGAGUGAGGGAGUGAGAGAAAGAUCAGUCUGGAAACCUUUGUCACAUUACUUACUAAACCAAUAAUUACCUUGUGAUGUGUGUGGAUCAGAGACAGAAAGCUGAAUGGAGGAUCAAUAAUGCUCUGUGCCUGGGUGAUAGCCUUUAGGACAGACAUAGCCAUGUUUCAUUCAGAGCAAAAUAGCCUACCUCCAAAAGUCUCAGUCAAUGGUCCUAAGACUGUUUUGAGGGAGAGUUUGAUCACAUGCUGGCAGCUAUAUGUGCUUUUAAUGGGCUACCUCUCCUAUUUCAUCACUGUGGUUUUAGAAACCAACUCUGCUGCCCUCUUCUUCUUCUUCUUCUUCUUCUUCUCCCACCCUUACUUUCUCAGCCCUUAGCAAACCACUCAGAAUUCCUUAGUGGCCCCCUCCCCAGAAGAAGGUGUGUCUGUACUGCACUGCACUGAGUUUUCUCAUGGGGCUAGCAAAACCUCCUCCCCCCACCCCCACCACCAUCCCCUUGUUGUCCAUGCCAGUGUGAUGGACACUUGUAAGUGCUUUAAGGUUUAAGGGGGGCCCCUUUCCUGGGUGAAUGGAGUGCUCCGUGCUCACCACGGCUCUUUAUUUGUCCCCAGGAAGGAGGCAGGAGAAAGGGGGAAGGCAGCGGAGCGAAACCCCUUUGGCUGGAGGGUCUUCGGUCCCUGACAAGUUGCUUUGUCCAGCCGGGCCCCAGGGAGACGUGGGUAGGAUGAGUAAAGACAGGGGGAGAGGCUGGGGAGUGGGGGGGGGGCUGGAAUGCAUACUGCAUACCGAUAGAGUUGCAGAGAGAAUAUAGUAAAACAAAUUCAGAAGACAUCAUAUCAGCAUGUUGGUUACAUGACAUGACUUAGGACUUUGGUGAAUAAAAAUGUGUCCAUUUGCACCAUGUCUCAUAGAUGUACUACUGUAGUUCCAGGAAACUCUUUGUACCCUUACGCCUUUCACACCAUAUAGACACACAGGGUUCUGGGGUUAUUUAUAACCUUCUUGUCAUUCUAAUGUCUACAUAUGUCCAGUGUGGUUGAAUUAUCCCUGGUGUUGGCUAGAGAUCUUCUACUUUGUAGUAUCUUAGUCUGUAAUGCCACCACCCCCAUUGGCAUACACACUGUAAUUGGACCAGUGGGCAGCUGUGUCCGUGUUCCGUGUGUGUACUUGUGUAUGUGUGUAUAUGCAUGUGUGUGCAUGAACGUGCUUGUGUGUGUGUGUUUGUUUGUGUGUGCGUGUGUGUGUGUGUGUGUUUGUGACUGCAUGCGUGCAUGCCUGUGUGUAAUGUACUGUAUGUAUAUGUGCCAUCUGGUGGUCACAUCAACCAGUGGCUUUCCAGUCAGUAUGUACCCCGUCUUACUGUCCCCAUUAUUUUUAUAUAUAUAUAUAUAUAUAUAUAUAUAUAUAUAUAUAUAUAUAUAUAUAUAUAUAUAUCCGCCUUGUAUGAGGGGUCUGAAUUCUUCCACUGUGCCCAGAAUAAAUGAGUAUUCCUGUUUGUACCUUGCAGAGAGAGACAUCUAUAAAGCUAAAACAAGGUUGUUGAUCUGUAAAUAACUGAGGGGCUAAAGCCAAACUGAGGGCUUUGGUCGGCCAUAACGUUACCUAUUAGUGCUAGAAGGUCAGAAAAAUGUUGUUGGUUUGUCAUACAACAUUGCCAUGUUCUGGUUGCUAUGAGGCUACUCUGACUGAUGGAGCAUAAUACUCAUGUAUUCUCUGGUUUUCUGAUCGGAUAGAGACACACAGAUAAUAUAAGCAUCUUUGGCAUGUUUUCUGCCAUGACUUUAAAGGAUGGUUGAUAUAAUUGCUACAUGAAGCUUCUCAGUCGUUGGCAUGCUUUAUGGUUCUACUGGAACUGGAAUGAUGUUGUGAGAGUUUGAGAGCAGCUGAGGUUUGGGAAGAUUGCGUGAUGGUUAGCUGAGUGUGUGACAGCACUAAAGGGGAGAGAGCGUGUCAACUUCUGCUUAAAGAGAGGGGGGAGAGAGAGAGAGAGAGAGAGAGAGUAGAGAGAGAGAGAGAUCUGCCCUGUGUCUGUUACUGUGUCAAUCACAUUCUGACAGCGUAAAAUUGCUGAGAUGUCACCAGAAAUGCCUGUAUAACUCACAGCACCGGCAUUUAUGUCAAAACCUCUCUUUUCACCACGCUCCAAAAUGUCAUCUUUGGUGUGUGUGUCUCUCGCUCCCACAGGAGGUGCAGCGAUGCACGGUGGACAUGAAGAUCACGUCGGAGCACUCCAACCAUCCAGACAACAAGCACAAGAACAGAUACAUCAACAUCGUGGCCUGUAAGUAGUGCACACAUCACAAUACAGGACCAUGAAAGGCUAUCACACCACUGCUUUGAUGCUUCAUGUCACACAGUUACUGCUUGUCAGAGUACAGCUGUCAUCAUCUAGACUACUGGUGUCUUCAAAACUGACAGAAUAUGUAGUGCUAGGAAUGUGACACAAGCACACACACACAGACACUAACUGUCCCUGUCUCUCUCCUCCAGACGACCACAGCCGGGUGAAGCUACGGCCAUUAGCUGGGAAGGACUCCAAACACAGCGACUACAUCAAUGCCAAUUAUGUUGAUGUGAGUGUAUCUCUUAUGGCCCAUCUGGUCUGGUCGUGUAAGUGUGUAUUUGUGUGAGAGUUAGUUUGUGAAUUGCAUAUUUCAUGCAUGUGUGUACAAUAUGUGUAAUGUAUUGAAGUUCAAAGCAAGUCAAUAUCUUUGCAUAGUGUUUGUGUUCUGAAUGGCCUCUCACCAUGUUUCCCUGUGUAUGGUAGGGCUAUAACAAGCCCAAGGCCUACAUCGCAGCCCAGGGUCCUCUCAAGUCCACCUUUGAGGACUUCUGGAGGAUGGUGUGGGAACAGAACACUGGUAUCAUCGUCAUGAUCACCAACCUGGUGGAGAAAGGAAGGGUAUGUACACUUCAAUUCAAUAGAUCUCUUCCCUCUCAGUACUAAAAUAGUCAUUACUUUUUAGUAACCACGUAAUAACCUUUUGGUUUCUUUGUGAUUCAUUGAAAUAAGUGGUCCUAGUCCUUUGUGUUGUGUCCCUGCAGAGAAAAUGUGACCAGUACUGGCCCACAGAGAACAGCGAGGAGUAUGGAAACAUUGUGGUCAUGCUAAAGAGCACCAAAGUGCACGCCUGCUACACGCUACGACGCUUCACUGUGCGCAACACAAAAAUAAAAAAGGUCAGUCACAGUGGUACAGGUCUCCAUACCUGUGUUUUCAGGUGAUCCUGUUCUACUGGUCUCAGUGUUAUUGAAAAGUUAUAAUUUUUUCUCCCCAAUUUUGUGAUAUCCAAUUGGUAGUUACAGUCUUGUCCCAUCGCUGCAACUCCCGAAACACGACCCUGCCAAGCCGCACAGCUUCUUGACACACUGCUCGCUUAACCCGGAAGCCAGCCGCACCAAUGUGUUGGAGGAAACACCGUACAACUGGAGACCGUGUCAGCGUGCAUGCACCCGGCCCGCAACAAGGAGUCGCUAGAGCGCGAUGGGACAAGGACAUCCCGGCCGGCCAAACACUCCCCUAACCCGGACGACGCUGGGCCAAUUGUGCGCCGCCUCAUGGGUCUCCCGGUCGCGGCCGGCUGCGACACAGCCCGGGAUCGAACACGGAUCUGUAGUGACGCUUCAAGCACUGCGAUGCCCCUAACGUGAUAUCUCAUUUACUUCUCAUCAUGUAGAAACAUACUAAUCAAUGGGUCUUCUCUCUAUUGCCCUCCUCCCUCUUCCUCCGUCCCUCUCUCCCAGGGACAGAAGGGGAAUCCUAAGGGGCGUCAGAGUGAGAGGACGGUGGUGCAGUACCACUACACCCAGUGGCCUGACAUGGGGGUCCCUGAGUACACCCUGCCCGUGCUCACCUUUGUCAGAAGGUCCUCUGCCUCCCAAACCCCGGAGAUGGGCCCUAUGCUGGUCCACUGCAGGUACUGUCUCUGUCACUGUACUGCUCAGGAAUUCUUAUGGGAGAAGACUUACUAAGUGUUAGUUAGCAGGGUGCACAUUUUUUAAACUGCUAUUUAAAAUAUUAAUCAAGCAUGAGAGAGAGGAAGAACAAAAAGGAAAAUAAAGGUUAUGAGGCCAAAAACGUAAGUGUCAAUAUAAGACAGUUUAAUGAUUUACUGGAAUUUAGUUUGUUAUUUCUUUUCACCUCUGGAAACAUCUGUUGUGGUGCAAAAGCUCGCUACAUAAGUGUUUCAGCCAAUAAAUCAGUAUGAUUUGGCACGGCUGAGAUUAAAAAUCCCUUCACGUGUAGUUAUGUGAGUGACGUGGCAUAGAGCCAUGCUAUAAUAUGCACUGCAGUCUGAAAUACAGUGGCUUGCGAAAGAUUCACCCCCCUUGGCAUUUUUCCUAUUUUGUUGCCUUACAACCUGGAAUUAAAAUGGAUUUUGGGAGGUUUGUAUCAUUUGAUUUACACAACAUGCCUACCACUUUGAAGAUGCUAAAUAUUUUUUGGGGUGUGAAACAAACAAGAAAUAAGACAAAAAAACAGAACUUGAGCAUGCAUGACUAUUCACCCCCCCCCCAAAGUCAAUACUUUGUAGAGCCACCUUUUGCAGCAAUUACAGUUGCAAGUCUCUUGGGGUAUGUCUCUAUAAGCUUGGCACAUCUAGCCACUGGGAUUUUUGCCCAUUCUUCAAGUCAAAGCUGCUCCAGCUCCUUCAAAUUGGAUGGGUUCCGCUGGUGUACAGCAAUCUUUAAGUCAUAACACAGAUUCUCAAUUGGAUUGAGGUCUGGGCUUUGACUAGGCCAUUCCAAGACAUUUAAAUGUUUCCCCUUAAACCACUUGAGUGUUGCUUUAGAAGUAUGUUUAGGGUCAUUGUCCUGCUGGAAGUUGAACCUCCGUCCCAGUCUCAAAUCUCUGGAAGACUGAAACAGGUUUCCCUCAAGAAUUUCCCUGUAUUUAGCGCCAUCCAUCAUUCCUUCAAUUCUGACCAGUUUCCCAGUCCCUGCCGAUGAAAAACAUCCCCACACCAUGAUGCUGCCACCACCAUGUUUCACUGUGGGGAUGGUGUUCUCGGGGUAAUGAGAGGUGUUGGGUUUGCGCCAGACAUAGCGUUUUCCUUGAUGGCCAAAAAGCUAAAUUUUAGUCUCAUCUGACCAGAGUACCUUCUUCCAUAUGUUUGGGGAGUCUCCCACAUGCCUUUUGGCAAACACCAAAUGUGUUUGCUUAUUUUUUUCUUUAAGCAAUGGCUUUUUUCUGGCCACUCUUCCGUAAAGCCCAGUUCUGUGGAGUGUACGGCUUAAAGUGGUCCUAUGGACAGAUACUCCAAUCUCUGCUGUGGAGCUUUGCAGCUCCUUCAGGGUUAUCUUUGGUCUCUUUGUUGCCUCUCUAAUUAAUGCCUGCCUUGUCUGAUCCGUGAGUUUUGGUGGGCGGCCCUCUCUUGGCAGGUUUGUUGUGGUGCCAUAUUCUUUAAAAAAAAUUAUAAUGGAUUUAAUGGUGCUCCGUGGGAUGUUUUUUUAUAACCCAACCCUGAUCUGUACUUCUCCACAACUUUGUCCCUGACCUGUUUGGAGAGCUCCUUGGUCUUCAUGGUGCCGCUUGCUUGGUGGUGCCCCUUGCUUAGUGGUGUUGCAGACUCUGGGGCAUUUCAGAACAGGUGUAUAUAUACUGAGAUCAUGUGACAGAUCAUGUGACACUUAGAUUGCACAUAGGUGGACUUUAUUUAACUAAUUAUGUGACUUCUGAAGGUAAUUGGUUGCACCAGAUCUUAUUUAGGGGCUUCAUAGCAAAGGGGGUGAAUACAUAUGCACGCACCACUUUUCGUUUUUUAUUAUUUCAAUUUUUUUUUAACAAGUUAUUUUUUUCAUUCCACUUCACCAAUUGGGACUAUUUUGUGUAUGUCCAUUACAUGAAAUGUAAAUAAAAAUUAUUUUAAAUUACAGGUUGUAAUGCAACAAAAUAGGAAAAACGGCAAGGGGGAUAAAUACUUUUGCAAGGCACUGUAUACGCUAUAAUUUCCACUACAGCUACUCUGCACUUCCUACCUUUGUUAUUUUUUUAUUUUUUUUAUUUUUUUUGGGGGGUGGGGGGUGGAUCAGCUUAAUAUUGCAGAUAGAUUGUAUCUUCUAUCAAUGUAAUUGUCUGCAUCACUUCCAAUCCCCCAUGUUUUUUAUAUAUAUACUACCCUUUAUUACUUUUCAACCCCGCCAUGCUUUACCUACUUAGAGUAAAUUAGUGAACAACAAUGCCCAGGCCUCUACUUCCGGUCUAUACUUACUAUCUACACCUUAUGGACACAGUUAAUUUUACAAUAAUUAUAUUAUAUAUAUUUUUUUUGCUCCUGAACUUCUUCUACUCUCAACCUCUCCGAUCAUUUUCAUGAUGUCCAUCCGGUUUGCUUCUAUAUGCCAUAUCUUUCUAACUGUGCUCUUUCCCAAAAGCUCCCAACAUACAACCUUAUUAGCUAUUAUUAGCUAUCAUUAUUAGCUAUCUUUGUUAUUAUUUGUUGUUAUUUGUUAUUAGUCCCAUCCUUCAACUCUAUUCAAUACCUCCCAUCUAUAUCUUAACACCAUCCAUAUAGGAUUUCUAUUUGCCAUAUAUAUUUCAACCGUACUGUGAUGUUUUACAAAUGUUCUGAACCUUUCUAUUCUCAUUGCUUCUACAGAUUGUGAAUUAAAAAUAAACAUUUUUGCUAAAAGUAUUAUUAUAUUAUUGAUCGAUUGACUAUGACUUUUCAGAUCACCCAGUAGUGCUAUCUGCAAGGUUAGCUCCAGGUAAAUAUUGCAAUCCUUUAGCCAUUCCUGGACCUGUGUCCAAAUACAAGCUACAAAUGGACAGAACCAAAACAAAUGAUCUAAUGAUUCUGUCUCUUCACAGCAAAAUCUGCAGAGCUGGGAAGAUUGUAUCCCCCAUAUAAAUAACAUUCUAUUGGUAGCAAGAAUUUUAUAUAAUCAUUUAAAUUGAAAGAUUCUAAUUUUUGAAUCCGGUGUCAUUUUGCGUGUCAGUUCAUAAAUACUAUGCCAUGGGAUCGGUACGUCAAAAAUCUCUUCCCAACUAUUUUGCAAUCUAUAUGGGACGGCUGUCAAUCCUUUGUUCCUUAAGUGAAACUGAUAUACUUUUUUAUUUAUCACAGUUUUCCUUAACCAAUUAUGUUCUUUAAUGCAAGGCCGACAGACAAGUUCCUUACUUUCUCCCCCUUCCACUUUCCUCUUCCACUUUUGCGGUAAGGCUGCAAUUAUUUGGUUGCAAUUUUGGGUAGAGCAGACAUUUCCAUAUGUUUUUGUUAGCUGCAUGUGCGACAUAACUCCACCAGUCCUACCGAUGAUAUCAUUUACGAAGAUUAUACCUUUUUUAAACAUUCUGUCAAAAAAAUAAAGGUUUUUUGUCAAUUAGUAUAUUUGAAUUUAACCACAAUAUUUGUUGCAUUAUUUGUUCUGUCAUUGCUGGAGGAUGAAAUUGAAAUUGCAACCAACUUUCUAUGGCUUGUUUUAGAAAUAGUGAUAUUUGGGAGAUGAUUUCCUUUUCAAAUAACUGCAAAUGAGUUGUUGUAAUCUGAAUAAAGGGAAAAAGGUAUUUCUUGAACAUUGGGUGAGACAAUCUUACUAAUUUGCUUGAGAACCAGUUCGGAUUUAAGUAUACCUUUUGUAUGACUGAAGCUUUUAGUGAUAGGUCUAAUGCUUUAAUAUUUAAUAAUUUAUGUCCUCCGAAUUCAUAUUCAUUAUAUAAAUAUGCCCUUUUAAUUUUGUCUGGCUUGCCGUUCCAAAUAAAAUUGAAUAUUUUUUUCUCAUAUAAUUUAAAAAACUGUUCGCUAGGCGUAGGCAAGACCAUAAGCAAAUAGGUAAACUGGGAUAAUACUAAAGAGUUAAUCAGGGUGAUUUUUCCACAAAUUGACAGGUAUUUUCCUUUCCAUGGUAGUAAGAUCUUAUCUAUUUUUGCUAACUUUCUAUUAAAAUGUAUUGAAGUGAGAUCAUUUAUUUCCUUUGGGAUAUGUAUUCCGAGUAUAUCCACAUCACCAUCAGACCAUUUUAUUGGUAAACUACAUGGUCAUGUAAAAAUUGUAUUUUUUUGUGAUCCAAUACGUAAUAUAGUACAUUUGUCAUAAUUUGGUUGUAAUCCAGAGAGGUUAGAAAAUGUAUCUAGAUCCUCUAUGAGGCUGUGGAGGGAUUCUAGUUGUGGAUUUAAAAGAAAACAUGAAUCAUCAGCGUACAAUGACACCUUUGUUUUUAAGCCCUGGAUUUCUAAUCCUCUGAUAUUAUUAUUGGAUCUGAUUUUAAUAGCUAACAUCUCGAUGGCCACAAUAAAUAGAUAUGCCGAUAGUGGACAACCUUGUUUCACUCCUCUUGACAGUUUAAAACUUUCUGAGAAAUAGCCAUUAUUUACUAUUUUACACCUAGGGUUCCUAUACAUGAUUUUGACCCAUUUUAUAAGAGAUUCUCCAAAAUUGAAAUGCUCCAGGCAUUUAUAUAUAAACCCCAGUCGAACUUUAUCAAAUGCCUUUUCGACGUCUGCUAUGAAUAGCAGGCCUGGUUUCCCAUAUUUUCCAUAGUGUUCUAUUGUUUCCAAUACUUGCCUUAUAUUAUCUCCAAUGUAUCUUCCAUGUAAAAAACCUGUCUGAUUAGAAUGAAUAAUAUCCGACAAUACCUUUUUAAUUCUAUGCGCUAUACAUUUUGCUAGAAUUUUUGCAUCACAACACUGAAGUGUAAGGGGCCUCCAAUUUUGUAAAUGGACUGGAUCUUUAUAUUUUCCACUUGUAUCCUGUUUCAGUAAUAAUGAGAUCAGACCUUCUUCUUGAGUGUCAGAUAAUCUACCAUUUACAUAGGAGUGGUUAAAACAUGCUAAUAACGGUCCUCUUAGUAUAUCAAAAAAGGUUUGGUAUACCUCGACUGGUAUGCCAUCCAACCCUGGAGUUUUCCCAGACUUAAAGUCUUUAAUUGCAUCCAGAAGUUCCUCCUCUGUAAUUUCACCUUCACAUGAGUCUUUCUGUGUGGCUGUUAAUUUGACAUUAUCAAUAGAAAAAAAUCUCUACAAUUAGCUUCAGUUAAAGGAGAUGGAGGCGACUGAAAAGAAAACAUAUGCUUAAAGUACUUUGUUUCUUCCUUCAAAACAUCAUUUGGUGAAUUAUGGGUGACUCCAUCAAUUGUAACCAGUUUCAUUAAGUUCUUUUUGGUAGCAUUCCUAUGUUGAAGAUUAAAAAAUAAUUUUGUGCAUUUUUCCCCAUAUUCCAUCCAGUUUGCUUUAUUUUUUAUAAUAUAUUACACUUGAUCUUUCUUGAAUAAGUUUCUCCAUUUAUUUUUGUUUUUCCUCUAAUUUAUUCUCAGCCUCUAUGUUACAGUUUUUAUUGCCAUCUAUCUGUUCUGUUAGACUUUCUAUUUCCUUUCUUAGUAUAAACUCUUUUGACCUAAGUUGCUUUUGUUUUCGAGAUGAGUACUGAAUUGCAUGGCCUCUAAAGGCACAUUUAAAGGUGUCCCAUACAAUAAGGGGAUUCGCUGUACCUAUGUUAUGUUGGAAAAAGUCAGUUAUAAAUUCCUUUGUUCUAAUUAUAAAUAGAUUAUCAUCCAAUAGGCUUUGAUUAAAUUUCCAAUAUCCUCGCCCACGUGGAAAUUCAGUAAGAGUAAUGUAUAUGCCUAUUAUAUGAUGGUCCGACCGCAUUCUGUCCCCUAUCAACACUUUUUUUUACUUUUGGUGCCAACGAGAAUGAGAUAAGAAAGAAGUCAAGACGACUAGCUUGAUUGAGUCUCCGCCAUGUAUAUCUCACUAGAUCAGUAUAUUUAAGCCUCCAUAUAUCUACUAGUUCUAAUGUAUCCAUGACAUUCACAAUUUCCUUAAGAGCAUGUGGGUGAUUGUUUGUGGUGUGAUUUCCUUUACUGUCCAUUGAGCUAUUUAAAACAGUAUUAUAAUCCCCCACCAUAAUAAUAUUGUCUUGAAUUGCUUGCAGGGUUGAUAAUUUAUUAUAUAUAUUGUCAAAAAAUUGUGGAUCAUCAUUAUUUCGUCCGUAAAGGUUAAUGAGCCAUAUCUGUUUAUGGUCCAAUAACAUAUUUAAAAUAAUCCAUCUACCUUGCGUAUCUAUUUGGACAAUUUGCACAUUCGGAUCGAAAUUACUAUUAAUUAAUAUCAUCACCCCUUUUGAAUUUCUUUGCCCAUGGGAGAAGUAUAUUCCCCCCCCCCCCCAUUCUUUUUUCCACGCUACUUCAUCUGGAAUUGUUGAAUGAGUUUCCUGUAUACAAUAGAUAUUAUAUUCCUUCUCUUUGAGCCAUGUAAAUAUUGUUAUUCUUUUGUUAUUAUCAGCUAAGCCAUUACAAUUAUAACUGGCUAUACUUAUUUCACCAUACACCAUAAUGAGAUACAAGUUUCAAGUCUAUUUAUCAUUAUAUAUGUUUUGUAAAUUUACCAAUAAAAAAUACCGUAAUGAUUGAGUGUCCAUAUAGCUGUACCGUGAUAUUUGCAUUGCUACGGAGUAACCCAUCAAUUGUUCUCCACUAAUUUCCCCGCUAAAGCCCCUCCCCAUCCCAAGUUGAGCGGUCAUCCCAGUGAUCAGCAUCCCACCCACGUCCCUCCGGAUCCCUAAGGCCCCGAGAGGCCAGGACCCAUCCAUCGAAAACAGCACACAGUGCCACCCACAAAACAGAAGCAGAUUAACCGCCAAAAGCAUUUCCAAUGCUUUCACCUCUAUAUAUAUAUCUAUAUAACUAUUUUUUUUAAAUUAUGCAUAUCCUAUUUUCCAUCAUUAUCAAUUAAUAUGCGUAAUAAUGUUGGCAGUUCACGCGUAGGAUUCUAACAUAUAACCCGGAUUGCCAUUGUAUUACAUUUAAUUCAUUGACAAGCAAUUAUUAUCCUAGCAAAUAAUUCCCGUGGUCCAUCCCAUACCCCCCCCCCCCCCCUCCCCCACAACACCCCCCCCCCACAACAGAUGCCAGAGGGGGCGGUGCUGCUCAAGUAGGUCUCUGACCGCAUUUAUUUCUCUGUUUAGGCUGCAUACUCACAGCAGGUCCAUGAAAGAGAUGGGAACUUCUCUUUGGUGUAUGGGUCGCUCAGGUGGGUGUCCAGGUUAUAGGGUUAGGGAUCUUUCCAUCAUGAUAGAACAAUGAAAAAUUAGAUUAGAUGUAUACUAUAUUUUAAAAUGUAUAUCCCUCAUCUACACAAAAUUGAAAGCUCUCUCUCACUACCCCUGCUCAUAGACCCCCGGUCGGCUCUGGGUAUGCAACCAUUUCCCCUCUCACUCACUUAACGCUGCACCUUUUCAAACACAAAAAUGCACACCACAUGGUUGACUGCGGAAGAAAUGGGCCGAGCGUGCAAACGCACCCGCAUCCACAUCUGCCGCAAGGGGGAAAGGAUGCCAGAGGGAACACAGGACCAACCACAACAACCAUCCGCCAAAACAACAACCUCCCGCCAAAAAAGCCAUGUUCUAAUUAUUUGUAUUUAAAGAUGUAUUGUUCUGCUUGUUAUGUCGUUUUAUCCUUUUAUAAAAUACUAUACUUACUAUAAAUGUUAUUUAAUAUUACAAUCCCAUAUCAUUGCUAGUAUCAGGUGCUCCAAUAUUCGACUCCUCUAUUGCAACUUUUAGAAUAGCCAUGGAGUAGUCUUUGUGUCUCUGAACAUUUGGUUGUCAAUAUAUAGUUUAUCCACCACGAGUGCAACACGUUUCCCUUUUAAUCUGUUUUCCUUGAAGAUUUGAUACAGAACUUUGCGCCUUUCUACAAUCUCCCUCAGGAACUGAUCAUUCAUGCCUAUUUUCGUGCCAGCAAGUCUUUUUCCUAGGCUUUUCACGAUAGCUUUAUCUUUAAAAAAAGCAAAUUUGGCAACGAUUGGGCGCUCAUAUUUCUGUCCUCUUUUUCCGAAACGGUGUACACGUUCGAGUUGGAUUUUAUCGACAGCCUCGAGUGGGAUUUGUAGCGCUGUAUGCAGGAAGUCCUUCAUAAUAUUCUCUGUUAUUUCUCCCUCCUUUUCCUGAAUACCCGUAAGUACUAGAUUUUCCCUCAUCGAUCUAGUUUGGAUGUCUAGUAAGGCUUCUCUCAGAAGGUUGUUCUCCUUUUUUAGUUCCCUAACGUCCGUUUCCAUUUUAGAGACUGUCACUUUUAAUUUUUUGGUUUCUUUCUCCAUUACCAAAGCUUUUUCAUCACUCAUUUGAAGACUCGCUUUCAACUCUUUUACGUCUUUACUGACCAAUUCUAGUAUGCCCAAUUUGUCAUUUAUCGACUUCAACAGGUCGCUUUCCACACUUACCAUACCCAGUGGUGAAAAGCAUAUAUCAUCUGUAUCAGUCGAUGAGUCGCGUUUCCUUUUGGGGAUCGGCUCUCCAGAUUGAAUUAUAUUAACUGCGAAUAUAUGAAAUGCUAAUAUUUAGUCUAACUUACUGAUUUUGAAUAUUAUGUUUUUAUCUUGAGGUGUUUUGUACCGCUUUCUAUUCAAUACGCCAUCUUGUCAUUAGGUAAUGUUGCAAGGGACCCCACUUCCUUUGUUACCUGAGAGCCUGGUAUCCCAUUCGUGGUUAGCUAAGUGUGUGUUUAAGGCAGUAACGCAGUGUGCAGGCAGGGAAAUAUACUGUAAUUGUCCAGUGAAAGUUCCCUCCUCUGUAAUGAGGGUAAUGGUCUCUAACGUCAUACUGUCCUGCGCUGUUAGAUAAUGGCCCUUCACAGGCCGAGCCCGCUGUGUCUACACACUCAACUAUACGGCUCUGCCAGGCACACACACACACACACACAAAGGUCCUCAUUACAGUGCCUGUGACCUGGGUGGACCCUGUCUCUCACUGUCAGUGCUGGCGACUGGCUUCUCUCCUGCUGAACACGGACUCUAUUUAUGAUUAAAGCCGUCUGCUUCCUUUCCUCUUCUCUCAUUAACUGACACUAUACUUUAUGCACAGGAUACUGACAUGAGGAGAGGGAAGCCAACCUAGGAGGUAGAGAUAGCCCUGUUAGGGUUCAGACUGUUCAGGUCUGUCUUAUAAUAAUAAUAAUAUGCCAUUUAGCAGACGCUUUUAUCCAAAGCGACUUACAGUCGUGCGUGCAUACAUUUUUGUGUAUGGGUGGUCCCGGGGAUCGAACCCACUACCUUGGCGUUACAAGCGCCGUGCUCUACCAGCUGAGCUACAGAGGACCACAUAGGAGUUUGGACUUUAUGACCUCUCCAAUAAGUCUUGGAUGUAUUAGAGCAGCUCUACCCAACUCCUAUCCUUGACUGUCACUGUGUCUGGUGGUUUAUAACCAUGAACCUCAUUCAUCAGCAACUGGUUUAGAUCUGGAGAACCAGGUGACUAGACACUGGACAGCCAAUGACAUGAAUCGAUCAAUUAAGAACCAGCUAGAGGAGAACAUUGCUGUAGUUGACAUGGACUGGGAUUGAAGACGGCUGAGUUAUUAAUUGGUCUGCUGCUGUCAUUGACAUUUUUGUCCAUGUUCCUGAAGGGUUUUAUUCCAAUGGGAAACCCUGUUGAGUGUCUAAAUGUGUGUGUUCCUGUGUGUGUGCAGUGCGGGUGUGGGCCGGACAGGGACCUACAUCGUCAUAGACAGCAUGCUGCAGCAGAUCAAGGACAAAAGCACAGUCAACGUCCUGGGCUUCCUCAAACACAUCCGGACCCAGCGCAAUUACCUGGUACAAACAGAGGUGGGUCCGGUGUGUGUGUGUGUGUGUGUUAACACCCUUCUAUUCUCACUAUGUCACUAUGUGCCAUUCUAUUCACUUGAGCAUCUGUGUUAAAGCAAAUGAUGAUGUCUUUCUUAUCUGUCUUAUGCAGCUGUGUUUUAAUCUGGCCGUAUCGUUCUUUGUAAUUACAGGACAGUCAUGCAUCACACAGCCACUGUUGUCCGGGACAAAGGGAGCAUAGCCAUUGUCAUAAUUUCUCUGCUUUACAAAGAGCUGUAUUGCCACUGUCUGCGUGUCUGACUUGGUGUUGCUUCUCUCCGUCUUUCUUGGCCUAUAGGAGCAGUAUAUCUUCAUUCAUGAUGUGUUGAUUGAGGCCAUCAUGGGGAAGGAGACAGAGGUGUUGUCCAGCCAGCUGCACAGCUAUGUCAACAGUAUCCUUACGCCUGGGGUGGGCGGCAAGACUCGGCUGGAGAAACAGUUUAAGGUCAGAGCACCUCAAUUCACAGUCUUCCUGAAUCCUAGAUCUCUUUCUCUCUUUCUCUAUCUACCUAUCAUGCUCCUUCUCUGUCAAACAUAUUUUCUCUGCAUCUUUCUUUUUCUGCCUGCAUAUCUCUCUCUCUCGCUCUCUCGCUCUCUCUCGCUCUCUCUUUCUCUCUCUCUCUCUCUCUCUCUCUCUCGCUCUCUCUCUCUCUCUCUCUCUCUACAUGUAAUUAGAAUGGAAAUACAUUUAGGGGAAGAGUACUUCUCUUCCCCGGGUGUCCCCUUUGACUAAUGCCACUCACUGCACUUGUUGCCAAGGCGAUGUGAACCCCCCUAUCAUGGUGGGGGGGUCUAGGUUGUCGCCUGGUUUGACGACAGGCUCAGAUCGUAAUUGGCUUUCAUUAUUCUCCUCCACGGUGGGAUUUGAUUCGGCCCAGGGUCGGGCAAGAUUGAGCGUGCUCUUGUAAAACAAUGGUAGCCAUUGUGAUUUUAAUGCAAUUAGCCUCAAUGCUGGAUUUUAAGUUAAUCAUUGUUUGGAGAGAAUAUUUAUUUUGUUUUUCAGAGCCCAAAAAUGUCCAAAGUCCUAUGUUAAUUUCUGCUCUCCAAAGAAUUUAGCAGUGUUUGUAAUUUGGUCAUUUGGCAGGAGCGUUAAGAUGACCCACAUUUUUUUCCUUCAGCUGAAUUUGAUCUGAGUAAGAAUUGACUAGUAUUGAAAAGCAUUGAAGAAAGUAUUCACCCCCAUUGCCAUUUUUCCUAUUUUGUUGCCUUACAACCUGAAAUUAAAAUGGAUGUUGUAACAUUUGAUUUACACAACAUGCCUACCACUUUGAAGAUGCAAAAUAUUUGUUAUUGUGAAACAAACAACAAAUAAGACCAAAAAAAACUUUUGAGCGUGCAUAACUAUUCACCCCCCCAAAGUCAAUACUUUGUAGAGCCACCUUUUGCAGCAAUUACAGCUUCAAGUCUCUUGGAGUAUGACUCUAUAAGCUUGGCACAUCUAGCCACUGGGAUUUUUGCCCAUUCUUCAAGGCAAAACUGCUCCAGCUCCUUCAAGUUGGAUGGGUUCUGCUGGUGUACAACAAUCUUUAAGUCAUAACACAGAUUCUCAAUUGGAUUGAGGUCUUUGACUAGGCCAUUCCAAGACAUUUAAAUGUUUCCACAUAAACCACUCGAGUGUUGCUUUAGAAGUAUGCUUAGGGUCAUUGUCCUGCUGAAAGGUGAACCUCCGUCUCAGUCUCAAAUUUCUGGAAGACUGAAACAGGUUUCCCUCAAGAAUUUCCCUGGAUUUAGCGCCAUCCAUCAUUCCUUCAAUUCUGACCAGUUUCCCAGUCCCUGCUGAUGAAAAACAUCCCCACAGCAUGAUGCUGCCACCACCAUGCUUCACUGUGGGGAUGGUGUUAUAAUAAUAAUAAUAAUAUGCCAUUUAGCAGACACUUUUAUCCAAAGCGACUUACAGUCAUGUGCGCAAACAUUUUUACGUAUGGGUGGUCCCGGGGAUCGAACCCACUACCCUGGCGUUACAAGUGCCAUGCUCUACCAAUUGAGCUACAGAGGACCACAGGGUGUUCUCGGGGUGAUGAGAGGUGUUGGGUUUGCGCCAGACAUAGCGUUUUCCUUGAUGGCCAAAAAGCUCAAUUUUAGUCUCAUCUGACUAGAGUACCUUCUUCUAUAUGUUUGGGGAGUCUCCCACAUGCCUUUUGGCGAACACCAAACGUGUUUGCUUAUUUUGUUCUUUAAGCAAUGGCUUUUUUCUGGCCACUCUUCCGUAAAGCCCAGCUCUGUGGAGUGUACGGCUUAAAGUGGUCCUAUGGACAGAUACUCCAAUCUCUGCUGUGGAGCUUUGCAGCUCCUUCAGGGUUAUCUUUGGUCUCUUUGUUGCCUCUCUGAUUAAUGCCUGCCUUGCCUGGUCCGUGAGUUUUGGUGGGCAGCCCUCUCUUGGCAGGUUUGUUGUGGUGCCAUAUUCUUUCCAUUUUUUAAUAAUGGAUUUAAUGGUGCUCCGUGGGAUGUUCAAAGUUUCUGAUAUUUUUUUAUAACCCAACCCUGAUCUGUACUUGACUCUGGGGCCUUUCAGAACAGGUGUAUAUAUACUGAGAUCAUGUGACAGAUCAUGUGACACUUAGAUUGCACAUAGGUGGACUUUAUUUAACUUUACUAAUUAUGUGACUUCUGACAGUAAUUGGUUGCACCAGAUCUUAUUCAGGAGCUUCAUAGCAAAGGGGGUGAAUACAUAUACACGCACCACUUUAAGUUAUUUUUUUCAUUUCACUUCACCAAUUUGGACUAUUUUGUGUAUGUCCAUGACAUGAAAUCCAAAUAAAAAUCCAUUUAAAUUAUAGGUUGUAAUGCAACAAAAUAGGAAAAACACCAAGGGGGAUGAAUACGUUUUGCAAGGCACUGUACUUCUUGAAAUGACUGGAAUUGACCUCAAUCCUGUUUGUAUCGUUGUUAUCUAACCUCUCUCUCUUUCUUCCUCCCCCUUUUCAUCAAUCUCUCUGUCCCUCUUUCUUGCCCUCUCACCUCCUCUCUUGUUUGCAGUUGGUGACUCAAUGUAAUGCCAGGUUUGUGGAGUGCUUCAGUGCUCAGAAGGAGUGCAACAAAGAGAAGAACCGCAACUCCUCAGUGGUGCCCUGUAAGUCAAAUACUUGUAUAACUAUAUUAUCCAUGCACCACCUGACAGCGAUAUUCACCUAUUGCACUGGCUCCAGUCUAGACUGCUGCUUUCCACAGUGUCCUGUUUCUGAUGACCCUAGUCUCUAUCCAUGGUCAAAGGAAGUCAUUCAUCUACAGUAGUUAGUCACAUAACUGGUUGUUUAUGGUCCAUGCUCAUACUAUAGUUAUUUGAAGUGAGUAUGCUGUGGCUGCUUUUCAUAGAAAUCACUCACUCGCUUUGUUAACCAAUAAGAACAUGUUUGCUGCUUAGCUCUAUGAUCACUGUGCCCUGAUUGGUUCUCUCUGUGUCUCUAUGGCAGCGGAGCGAGCGAGGGUGGGGUUGGCACCUUUGCCCGGUAUGAAAGGCACAGAUUACAUUAACGCGUCUUACAUAAUGGUGAGUACCACCUCCUGUUCCUCCCCUGUCAAUCAUUCACUGUCCCUCAGGCACACACCUGGCUGGACCAACUGAACAAGGAAUGUAAAUAUUAUGAUAUAAGAUCCCUUUGUCUCAUAGAUGUUCAUUGCUAUCAACUGAGAGGAAUGGACUUGGAGUUGUUGUUGACUUUUGUGAAUCCUAAAGGUAGACUACUAGCUCUACUGUGUUUUAAGCAGUGGUAGGCUACUGCUGUGGCAGGUUUCACCUGAGGCACACUGGCUUGUUUUCCUCUUAACCACAACACAACCCUUGCUUGAACCCUUGACCUCUGUUGUGAUACCACAGGGCUACUACAGGAGCAAUGAGUUCAUCAUUACCCAGCACCCUCUGCCCCACACCACUAAAGACUUCUGGAGGAUGAUCUGGGACCACAACGCACAGAUCAUUGUCAUGCUGCCGGACAACCAGGGGCUGGUGGGUCUGGCACACACACACACACAUACACACACACAUGCGCAAACGCAUACACACACACACACACACACACUAAAGGUAAAACAGUUCAGAUAUCAGCCUAAUCUUUGGUCUAUUGAAAGGCUGCCUUAGCACCCUAAGCAUAGUCUUUUCCAGCCUUGGCCCAGUGUUCACACAGGAAGUCACUCGAUUGGGGGUGAGAAGCAUUGAGAUGAGGACUGGAAGUGACAGCAGCUGUAUCAGUCGCUCCAGUCAGCCAUAUGUCUCUCUAACUAACUCUCUCUGUAUAUAUGUGGUUUCACACACUGAGUGGUGGCACUUCUGCACUCAAAUUCCCAUCCCUUUAACAUUUUGUUUCGUUUUGGACCUAAUUCUUUGCUCAGCGUAAACUGUCAGUGAUUCUACUAAACAUAAAUGUCUCACCCCCACCUUCCCACUCCUCCCUUUUCCAUUUCAUACUCAUCCCCCUUUUGGUUUGGCUGUGUGUCUUUAGGCGGAGGAUGAGUUUGUGUACUGGCCGAGUCGAGAGGAGGCCAUGAACUGUGAGGCCUUCACUGUCACGCUUAUAAGCAAAGACAGACUAUGCCUUUCUAACGAGGAGCAGAUCAUCAUCCACGACUUCAUCCUGGAGGCCACACAGGUACGUUGUGGUGUGUGUGUGUGUUUAUGGACCUGCCUCUGUGUGUAUGACUGUCUUUACCUCCAUUAGUGUAUGAGUCAGUCCGUGUGUGUGGGUGGGUGUGUCUUUGUAUGUACACCUACAUACACUAACCUAUCCCUUUCUCUCUUUCUGUUCCUCUCCCCAGGAUGACUAUGUGUUGGAGGUGCGUCACUUUCAGUGCCCUAAAUGGCCCAACCCUGACACUCCCAUCAGCAGCACCUUUGAGCUCAUCAAUGUCAUCAAGGAGGAGGCUAUGACCAGAGACGGACCCACCAUAGUACACGACGAGUGAGUGUGGCACGUCCUGCUGCUGAUGACAGGGAAAACACUUAUCUCUGCUUUUAACCUCUUGAAGUAAAUCAUUUAAACUGUAUGCUGUUUCAACAGAACAUUUAGCUAUUCACACACACACACACACAAUUUCAUAUCUACAGCAUACCUGGUAAGCAUAGCCAUUGUAUUACCUCUAAUGAGUCCCACCCCCAUGUACACUGAUACGCCAUCAAAUUAGAAAUAAUGAACGUCUCUUAAUAUUGACAGACAUGAGCGGCGACGAACAACACUCCCAACGACGAGACAUGCAGCUUUAGUCAUGUUUAUUCAUUAGGAUAAUGAAGAUUGCUUGUCUCAUCCCAGAGAAAAAAGGGACUAAUUGAGCAUUUCAGUUCUGUAACGUUACUAUGGGAUCCCCCCCUAAGAGGUUUUGGAUAGACGGCUGUAGUAAUUAUCUGCAUAUUCAUUAGCUGGUUAGACAUGGUUGUUAGGCUGUGUAUCUCCAGUGCACUUGACACAGCUGUUAAUAAAAGCAGCAACCUUUUCAUUGUGAGCAUCCCUCUUUCUCUAAGGGGCUGAACCCCUCUUGCCGUCUCACAUGGAAUUAAUUUGCUGCAGUGUUCCUUAAGUCUUCAGUCUGACGUUCAGUUCCUCUCUGGGCUCAAUGCUUCUCUGUGACCAUGUGUGUCCCUGUCCAGUUUAAAGGCCUGUUAAGUAACCCUGUGUGUUCCUCUCCUGUCCCCUAGGUUCGGGGCAGUGUCAGCGGGCAUGCUGUGUGCCCUCAUCACCCUGUCCCAGCAGCUGGAGAGUGAGAGUGCCGUGGGCGUCUAUCAGGUGGCCAAAAUGAUCAACCUCAUGAGGCCUGGAGUAUUCACAGACAUAGUGAGUAGACCAGUAGCAUGGUUAUGAAAUGUAAGAGAUUAAAUACACUACAUGACCAAAAGUAUGUGGACACCUGCUCGUCGAACAUCUCAGCUUCCAUUCAGCCACAAGAGCAUUAAUGAGGUCGGGCAUUGAUGUUGGGCGAUUAGGCCUGGCUUGCAGUUGACAUUCAAAUUCAUCCCAAAGGUGUUCGAUGGGGUUGAGGUCAGGGCUCUGUGCAGGCCAGUCAAGUUCUUCCACACCGAUCUCGACAAACCAUUUCUGUAUGGACCUCGCUUUGUGCACGGGGGCAUUGUCAUGCUGAAACAGGAAGGGGCCUUCCCCAAACUGUUGCCACAAAGUUGGAAGCACAGAAUUGUCUACAAUGUCAUUGUAUGCUGUAGCAUUAACAUUUCCCUUCACUGGAACUAAGGGGCCUAGCCCGAACCAUGAAAAACAGCCCAAACCAUUAUUCCUCCUCCACCAAACUUUACAGUUGGCACUAUGCAAUCGGGCAGGUAGCAUCCGUGAAACCCAGAUUUGUCCAUCACACUGCCAGAUGGUGAAGCGAGAUUAAUCACUCCAGAGAACGCGUUUCCACUGCUCACAGAGUCCAAUGGUGGCGAGCUUUACACCACUCCAGCCGACACUUGGCAUUGCACAUGGUGAUCUUAGGCUUGUAUGCUGCUGCUCGGCCAUGGAAACCCAUUUCAUGAAGCUCCCGAUUAACAGUUCUUGUGCUGACGUCCACAUACUUUUGUAUAUAUAGUGUAGAUGCAAAUUGGCUACGUGAUUGCAUUUUUGGAGUUUGCACCCUUUCUUACAGCAUUUCCCUCUCCCUCCACAGGAUCAGUACCAGUACCUUUAUAAAGCUAUGCUCAGUCUGAUCAGCACCAAGGAGAAUGGCUCUGGCCUAAGGUCGCUGGACAGAAACGGCACCAUGGCCAUGUCGGAUGAGUCAGACCAGGCAUGGAGCAUGGAGUCCCUCGUCUGA